CCUCCUCCUGGUCACAUGACUCCUCCUCCUCCUCCAGCAUCCCUCAUCCUGCAGGACCAAGCAAAUUCUCCAUCACUAAACCCUCACCCUGAGCAUGGCCCGGAACCGCAAGGAGAGGAACAGCUGGGGUGAGUAGGGGGUGAGCAGCACCCAUUGAGCUGCACUCACUGCUAUAGAUCUGAAGGAGAACAGGCAGAAGGCACGGUAGACAGCAGCUCCAGUUCAGGGUGUGUUCCUUACAAUGAAUUGUGUGAUCAGAUCUUCUUGCAGUGCUAGCAGGCAGGAUUUACUAAAUUCAGGGACAGCAACUUGACUAGGUUUGGAGGCUAUUGUAUUAGAAUAUAUAUAAUAGAUAUAUAUUUAUAUAUAGAUACAUAGACAGAUAUAAAUAUAUAUAAUCUGUCUAUGUAUCUAUCUAUCUAUAUAUAUAUAUAUAUAUAUAUAUAUAUAUACACACACACACACACACUAUAUAUAGUGGAGAUGCAUAAUAACUAGGAUUGGCCAAAUGUUGAGCUAGAAUGUAGGAGCUGCUGUAGAACCUCUUUGUCACUGUAUCUGAGUCAUUGCUGUGCACUAGAAAGACAUGACUCACUAUAGGGUGCAGCAUUGUGAAACACAAGUGUAAUUGGCAGAUUCAUGUUCCAAGAUGUUCAGCAGCAGCCAUGGUAGUACACAAUAUAGUGUGUUCCCCACCUUGCCCACCCAACUGUUGAAGAACUACUACAAUUCCUGUGAUGCUUUGUCAGCUAAGGAUUCAUUGGGCCUCCGAUGGACCUGCCAAGGAUGCAAACAUCACAGAAGCCAUAUACACCCCUUUACAAGGCAGACCCCUCAAUGCAGAUUUUUAUUGGAUUGUAAGGUGUGAAUCUUACAAUCUUCCUAAAACUCUGCGACUUACCAUGGACAGCACCUGAUCAUGGUAAAUUAGAGGGGGACACAUGGGGACACACCUCAUGUCGCUGUCCAUUUUGUCAGCGGGCAAUUUUUCCCUCUCCCUUCUAAGUCAGGGAAUAAGAGUGGAUAGAUUAGAGAGACUAUUUAAUGUGGUGGUAAUUAACCUUUAUCACUCCAGCUGUGCACAAAUGCAUUUUCCAUCCAUUUUCAUCCAUAACCAGACAGCAUUAAAAAGCAUUUCAGCAAUCCAUUUUUAGUUCACGCUCACCACAAAGGGCCAUCUUAGAUUUGCCACACCCAGGGGUAGGUAACGCCAGCAGCUGCAAUUCUUAUAGUUUUCACAAGGUCUCCCGCACACACAUUUUAAAAUGUUGUCUGGCUGAGGCUCAUGGGAGUGACAGUCUGCAGCAGUUGGAAGUUUAGAGGUCCACUGCCACACCUGUUUAAAAAAUCUCUUUGUCUGUAGUAGUCUCUGGGAAGUGUGAGGGCUUCUCAUUGGUGCUUAUAACCAGAUUGAAUCUUUCAUCAGUAUAUGGUAUAACAAAAUAUUUUUCAUAUUCUUCAAUGUGCACAAGUUUUCAAGUGUUCUGCUACUGGGCAUUAUAAGAGAUGAUAUAUUUCAAAUAAAAACAAUACGUGAACAAUUACAUAUUCACAUUUUCUGCGCAUUCCCAUGUUUUGCCACUUCUGCAGUGAGCUCCAAUAUGAUUCUCAUAUUUCUAUAGCACAGCUGAGCUUACCCCAUAAACGUACCCCUUUAUUGGUGUAGUAACUGGUCCUGGGAGUUGUAGUUCUACUGUUAGCUUUCUAAUGUAGAAUGCAAACUGCUGGACUUCAAUUGCAAGAAUUUUGAAUUAUGAUUAGACAUCAUGUUUUUCAAAGACCCCAGAAGGUGUCAUCCCCUCUCUAUGUGCAAUGGCCCAGGAGCAAAAGUGAAGGAAAAUAUAAAUUUCUGAAGCUCGCAGAUCCACCAUCUUCCUUCUUCAGCUCCUGUGCUCCAGAGAAGUUCAGAGAAGAGCUACUAAACUGGUUCAUGGAUUGCAGGAUAAAACUUACCAGGAAAGGUUAAAGGAUCUUAACAUGUAUAGCUUGGAGGAAAGACGAGACAGGGGGGAUAUGAUAGAAACAUUUAAAUACCUAAAGGGAAUCAACACAGUAAAGUAGGAGACUAUAUUUAAAAUAAUAAAAACUACCACAACAAGACGACAUAGUCUUAGAUUAGAGAGGCAAAUGUUUAAAAAUAAUAUCAGGAAGUAUUACUUUAAUGAGAGGUUAGUGGAUGCAUGGAAUAGCCUUCCAGCUGAAGUGGUAGAGGUUAACACAGUGAAGGAGUUUAAGUAUGCGUGGGAUAGGCAUAAGGCUAUCCUAGCUAUAAGAUAAGGCCAGGGAAAGUAUUUUUGAAAAUUGAGCAGACUAGAUGGGCCAAAUAGUUUUUAUCUCAUAGUUGCCAACUGUCCUGUUUUUGCCGGGACAGUCCUGGCAAGCUGGAGUCUGUCCCGGGCAAUUUACUCUUCCGGGACAGUUCAGGCAACUUGCUGGCCCUCUGUUUUUUUUUAUGUAUUUACAGUCCGAGGGAAUUCAGGAGAGAGGUACACACUGCUGGGAGAUGCUAUAGAGAGGUGCUGGGGGCCGGAGGGAGCACUGACAGUCUCCCUUCCGAUUUCCAAGCAGCUUCCCCUGCACAAAGGUCGAGGUGGAGCAGGCUCUGCUCCCACGAUGCAAACUCCAUCCACGCAUGCAAGCCCUGCCUAUUGCCCCCAAGCUCCGCCCCACCAUUAAACAGCAGACCUUGCUGCAGUUGGAAGAGGCCAGAAAAUGACUAUCUGACCUCCCAGCAAAAACUUCCAGUCAGUGCAAGGUAAGCUUGAUAUACUCAGGUGUCUGUGUGUGUGUGUGUGUCAGUGAGCUUGUCUGUAGUGAGAGUGUGUGUGUAUGUGUGUUAGCAAGCUUAUCUGUCGUGAGCUUGUGUGUGUGUGUGUCAGGGAGCUUGUGUGUGUGUGUCAGUGCCCAGGCUGACAGAGGAGACCUGCUUUCUUGCUGUGGGCCCUCUUGGGCUGGUGAGAUCAAAGAUCUCCCUCACUGGUCCAAAGGCCCUUCGUUAGUGACAGGGAGGGCUGGAGGACCUGGGAGGCAGAGCGCUCCUCCCGCGAGCAUGCUGUGCGGAGUGUUACCGCGUGUUACCAUGGCAAUGCUCCGACACAGCAUUCUUCACGUGGGAGGAGUGAAGACAGCCUGCAGCCAGAGGAGCUACAGGCUAUAGAAAAUUCACCACCACUGAACCACCAUGGCACAGCCCCCCUCACACAAACAGCACCUCUGACACACAUACACAGCACCCCUCACACACAUUCAGCACCCCUCACACACUGCACCCUUAACGCUCACACACUGCACCUGUCACACACAGCACCCCUAACACACACACAGCACUCCUGACACAAAGCACCCCUCACACACACACAGCACCCCUCACACAUACACAGCACCCCUCACACACACAGCACCUCUUACACACAUACACAGCACCCCUCACAUACACACAUCCCCCCCUUACACACACUCCGUACCCUUCACACAUACACACAGCACCCCUGACACACCCACAGCACCUCUGACACACCCACAGCACCCCUGACACACAGCGCCCCUACACACACACAUCACCCCUCACACACACUCAGCACCCCUCACACACACUCAGCACCCCUCACACAAUGCACCCUUCACACACACACACAUCACCCCUCACACACACAGAUCACCCCUCACACUCACACACAUCACCCCUCACACACACUCAGCACCCCUCACACAAAGCACCCCUCACACACAUAGCACACAUCACUCAAUGCACCUAUCACACACACACACACACUGCACCCCUCACACACACUCUGCACCCCUCACACAAACACAUACACUGCACCCCUCACUGCAGUCUGUGUGUAUUCAGCAGUCUCUGUGUGUGUAUUCAGCAGUCUGUAUGUAUUCAGCAGUCUGUGUGUGUAUAUAGCAGUCUGUGUGUAUAAAGCAGCCUGUGUGUAUUCAAUCUGUGUGCAUUCAGCAGUUUCUCUGUGUGUAUUCAGCAGUCUAUGUGUGUGUGUGUUCAGCAAUCUGCUUGUGUGUAUUCAGCAUUCUGUAUGUAUUCAGCAGUCUCUGUGUGUGUGUGUGUGUGUGAGGGGUGCUUUGCCUGUGUGCAUUCAGCAGUAUGUAUAUAUUCAACAUUCUGUGUGUAUUCAGCAGUCUGUGUGUGUGUUUUCAGCUGUCUCUGUGUGUAUCUUGUGUGUAUUCAUUGUACUGUGUGUACUCCGCAGUCUGUUUGUAUGUACUUAGCAGUCUCUGUAUGUGUAUUCAGCAGUCUGUGUGUGUGUGUAUUCAGCAGUCUCUGUGUGUGUUUGUUGUGUGUGUGUAUUCAGUGUACUGUGUGUAUGUACUCUGCAGUCUGCCUGUGUGUACACAGCAGUCUGUCUGUGUGUACUCAGCAGUGUGUGUGUGUUUUCAGCAGUCUCUCUGUGUGUAUUAGGCAGUCUCUCUGUGUAUUUAGCACUCUCUCUCUCUCUGUGUAUUCAGCUGUCUGUGUGUGUGUUUUUUGUGUGAGUAUUCAGUGUAUUGUGUGUAUGUACUCAGCAGUUUGUCUGUGUGUACUCAGCAGUCUGUGUGUGUACUUAGCAGUCUGUGUGCGUGUAUUCAGCAGCCGGUGUGUGUGUUCAGCAGUCUGUGUGAAUGUAUUGUAUAUAUGUAUUGCAUUUGUUGAAGGUACCAAUAAACAUAAGCUUAAUUUUUAUCGAUAAUUUAAAUUUGUAUUCUUGUGAGUUGUUGUGUAGCAAGGGCCCCAGUACACUGCUUUGCCCAAGGGCCCAUAAUUCUGUUAAGAUGGCACUGCUUGUGUAUGUCAGUGGACUUGUCUGUAGUGAGCUUGUGUGUGUCAGUAAGCUUGUCUGUAGCAAGCCUUGUGUGUCAGUGAGCUUGUAGUUAGUGAGCUAUUGUGUGUCAGUGAGCUUCUAUUUAGUCAGCCUGUGUGUGUCAGUGAGCUUGUCUGUGGUAAGCUUGUGUGUGUCUCUGAGCUUGUCUGUAUUGAGCCUUGUGUGUCUAUACAAAUGAGUUUUCCUGUAGUAAGCUUGUGUGUGAGUCAGAGUUUUGCCUGUCAUUGAGCUUAUUUGUGUGUAUCAGUGAGUUUGUGUUUUGUGUCAGUGAACUUGUCUGUCUUUGAGCCUGUGUACUAGUGAGCUUGUGUGCUUACCAUAUACCUGUAUACUGUAUCAGUAAAGGGAGGAUUGCAGGGAAUUGAGAUGGGAAUUUCAAACUUUAGGACGAAAUAGUGUAGCUGAAUGGGAGAAUUCUUCCAACUCGGCUACUUUGGCCUUAAGGUUAAAAUUACCAUCUCAAUUCCUUGUAAUUCUCUCUUUAUUGAGUAGACAGUGUAAUCUGCACUAGGAAUUAUGUGGGUUGGACAUAGUGGGCGGAGGUUUGAGGCAGUGGGUGUGGUACAUUUUCAAGGUACGAUAGUAAUUGAUAGCUGGCUGCAAAGUGUCCCUGGAAAUGUUGGCAACUAUGUAAAUAUCUGCCGUCAAAUUCUAUGUUUCUAUGUUUCAUCUGCAAGUUGCCCGCAUUACUGAUCUACCAUAUGGGGUAUUACAGCAUGGAGGACUAUGGGUGGUCACACAAGGCCACGAACAUAUUCAUUUGCCACCUCCCUUGACCAACCAGAAGAUUCCUGUUUCUCAUAGCCAUUGCAAGUAACUGCCUUUGGAAUUGGCAAAACUUAAAGACGGAAGCUCUACCAUUUGUCAGGUUUUGUCAACUUCGGGUUUGACCAUAGGACAAAGUCAUCUCUGCUUCGUCUUGUAAUGUUUUUUGCUUGCCUAAUGUCAAUGAAAUCCUAAUGCAGUAAAUAUAAGUAUUUCAUAGAGACUUUAUCAUUGUGAAGUACUCAUAAAUGAUAUUGCCCAGAUAGAGCCACUAGAAAAACAGCGAUAUCUUUGGAACAAAGAGGAAAAAUACUGCAUAUUGAGAGGGUUAAGGACACUGUAACAAGCACUUUUUGCAAACUGAAUUACUUGCAUACAUGUUUGACCUUCCUGGUAUAAAACAAUUCCAUUAAGUGCAGGUAGGCACACAAUGCAUGUAGUUAUGUAGUUUUAUAGCGUCUGUUCUCUGCUGCCAUAUAUAGAAUAUGUUCUUCCUGUUCAAAAAAUAAAUGAAAGCCAAAGCAAUAACACAAAUUGCUGGUGCUGAAUGUGCCAGGUAACAUAGAGCAUCACGUUAAAAAAUUGGUAGGUGAUUUUCAAUCGUAGCGCUUCCCCUUUAAAUAUAUUAUUUCAUUCUUUUAACAUUCUGUCUGAAAUGUAUCUGUAAUAGGUUCCAUUGGCUCUGCUUGAUUACAGGUGGAUUUUCAGACAGAGCAUAUGAUUGGAGCUCUGAAGAGGAGGAUUAUGAGAAGAAAGCCCAGCCGGUACAAAUCCUUGUGGUUAAAGAUGACCAUUCCUUUGAGCUGGAUGAAGCGGCGUUAAACCGUAUUUUACUAUGUGAAGCUGUCAGGGAUAAAGAGGUUGUUGCUGUAUCUGUCGCUGGUGCAUUUCGAAAGGGGAAGUCAUUCCUGAUGGAUUUCAUGCUGAGAUACAUGUACAAAACGGUACAUCUUUGGCUAUAUGCAUCUUUUCUUUCCUAAAAUCAGAAAAGCAAAGUGAAUCAACAAUGGUGGUAAUUGAAUCAGGACCUAGAGAUAUGUUAAUGUAAAAAAUAACCUAUAAAAAUGUUCGACAAAUAUAUGUUUGUUUAAACAAUAGUGAUGUAGAAAAAUGGACGGUAUAAAUGAAAAUAGAAAAAUAUAUACAAAGUAGAGUGCAAAAACAUGUUAUAUUGCAACUGUAGGCACUCACAUUUUAAAGGAGCACUAUAGGGUCAGGAACACAAACAUGUAUUCCUGAUCAUAUAGGGUUAAAACCACCAUCUAGCCCCCCUGCACCCCUCAUGCCUCCAUAAAUAUAGCAAAAUCUUACUGUAUUCAAGUCUGUAGCUGCUUACUUUGUCCCUGUUUCCUUUAGACCUGCCCACUGCCUGCUGACAUCAGAAGAAGUGGUAGCCUGAUCCAAUCACAAUGCUUCCCCAUAGGAUUGACUGAGACUGACAAAGAGGCAGGUCAGGGGCAGAGCCAGCAUGUUUCAAACACAGCCCUGGCCAAUCACCAUCUCCUCAUAGAGAUGAAUUGAAUCAAUGAAUCUCUAAGAGGAAAGUUCAGUGUCUGCAUGCAGAGGGAGGAGACACUGAAUGUUUGGAUGCAUUUUAGGCAGCCAUGACCCAGGAAGGAACUCUAACAGCCAUCUAAGGAGUGGCCAGUGAAGGUAUCACUAGGCUGUAAUGUAAACACUGCAUUUUCUCUGAAAACACAGUGUUUACAGCAAAAAGCCUGAAGGUAUUGAUUCUACUCACCAGAACAAAUUCAAUAAGCUGUAGUUGUUCUGGUGACUAUAGUGUCCCUGUAAAUAAUUUUUAAAUAUCUCACUUUGGUGCCAGAUAUAGGAUGGCAAAUAGCACCUUAUUUACAGAAGAUAAGUUGAUACAGUAUGGUCGAGAACCAUGAUGACAGAACCAAAGUAAGAAGAGGGCCAUACUCAAGCAGUCCUACAAUUUUGGAGAUAAAUUACCCACGAAGCAGAGGGAAUCAUUGGCAGAUUUAAGCAAAUUAUCAUGGUUUUGGUAUUUUUCCUUCUUGAUCUACAGUUUUAGAUAUCAUUAGAUUGCUCAUUGGGAAGAGUCGUUGUUUUCCGCGCAUGAGCCUUUAUUCUGGACUCUAAGUCAGUAUACAGCAGAUCCAGUAUAGCCAAAGGUUCCUGCAUGCUUUGCCUUUCACAUAAGUCACCUUGCUGUUUAUACAGCACAGACUCAGACUGCUCCUUUGUAUGAGACUGCACAAAAGAUGAUGAAUUAGGUAGGAUCCACCCUUACCAUUUAAAGGUCUCAUGAAAACACACACCUUGCACACCCGCUGUCAUUCACACAAACAAAUUUUAAUUUUCACGUUAGCCACCCAAAAGUCUUGUUUUGUGCUGGCUAAUGACACCCCUUAAUUUUGAUCUUUCCACUGUUUAGUAGAAAACUCCCCUAUUUGCUAUCUUUAUGUGGGAUUGCCAUUUUUAAAAGGACACUCCACUGCCCAAAUACAAAAAUAAAUAAAUUCAUGACAUAUUGGUAGAUGUGCAUCUUUUCAUCAGAGCUAAAUCUAAAAACGGCCUGCAAAAACUGCAGUCCUCUUGUCUGUAACCUUUUGCAAGCCCUCCCCUUUUAACCCCGCCCAGACUUUCUGUGGCUGUCCAAUCAUAGACUCCCAAUUCAGCUCACUAAGAAGUCUUUGGAAUGCAGGUGCUCUGAGCAAUUGCUGGGGUGUAACAAGUUUAUUUUAUAAAAGUGUAAAUUUCAAUUAAAAUUAAAAUUUUGUAAAAUGAAAAAGACACAAUCUUCACACAUAAAGCACUACAGGAACCUAAAGUACUUUAGGGGUCUGGAGUGUCACUUAAAGGAUACAAAAUAAGGAGGCUAUCUUACCUAAUUUGGUAUCCUUAACUAUGUAAAUCUCAUGUAAGGACACCAAUUUAUGGAGUUAUCUACUACAAAGCUGAAGGAUCCAAUUUAAGAAAAGCUUUUUUCUUAAUUUUUAUUUUUCAGUUGUUUAGUGGAUAUCCCCCUUAUUUGCUAUCCUUAUGUGGAAUUGCCAUUGUAAAGGAAACCAAAUUAGGGAGCUAUCUACUAAGCACAUACAUGUUUUCAUGCACACAUACAAAAACCAAAAUCCCAUGGAGAGACACAAUUAUAUUUAAAUAAACUAUAUAAACACUCCCUUAAAUGUUAAAUAUCCAAAUAUCUAUAUAAUAUGGAAUGCACAUUAUAACAACUUCAAACACAAAAUAUAAACCGACUUAAUUAUGUAAAAAAACUCUUAGUAACAAAAAAAUAAAAAUAGACAAAAUAACGAAGUAGAGGCAGACAAUAAUACAAUGGUACAAUACCAAGAAAUCUUACAAGUCACCAAACCCCCCAAUGUUUCGGCACCAACUGGUUGCCUUUAUCAAGGGUACCCCCAACGUUUCAGCACCAACUGGUUGCCUUUAUAAAGGGUAUCCUUGAUAAAGGCAACCAGUUGGUGCAGAAACGUUGGGGGGUUUGGUGACUUGUGUUUCCGCCUCGUGACUUGUAAGAUUUCUUGGUAUUGUACCAUUGUAUUAUUUUCUGUCUCUACUUCUAUUUUGCCUAUUUUGGUUUUUGUUUGUUAUUACAUAAAAAGUCAGAUUAUAUUUACUGUUUGAAGUUGUUAUAGUGUGCGUUCUAUAUUAUAUAGAUUCAUGCACACAUACACACACACAUAAUCACAGACAUACACACAAACAUCAUCACACAAAAAACUCACACACACACAAUCUCAGACCCACACACAUACAGUCACAGACUUAUAAACACACACAUCAUAGGCACAUUCAUACACACACAUACCACUUAGUAAUCCUACCUGACUUUGGGAGUGCUGGAAUUGAUGCACUCCCUAAUCCAGUGGGUUGUGCUGGGAUUACUUUGCUCUCCCUACAUAGGUCCAAUGUGUGCCCUCUUGUGAUCCUGAUGCCGGGAUGACAUGAUAUUCUGACUGCCGGCACACUGCAGGGCGUGCGACGGUGCUGUGCAGGGAGAGCACAGUAAGUACACAGCUCUCUAACCGCCUGUACUUUGUACUUCAUCCCACCAACCUCCAAUUUUGGCAUAGUAGGUGCCUGCUGUGUGGUUAGGCAUGAGCCUACUCUGCAAAGUACAGCAAGCAAAGAUCCUCCCCACCCCCCCAGCACUGGCAUUCUAAGUGGGGGGAGUGGGUGGAAUAAUCUAGUGACACCAUAGGUUGCUUAUCUUUUUAACCCUCAACUUAAUAAUACCAACCAUAAUAAUACCAAUAAAACCCAAAUGUUUCCUAUUGUUAAUGCCUCCUCAUAGUAUACCUAGACUCUUACUGAAAUUAUCUUUAAAUAUAAUAAUCACUCCCAACACCCCGACUGAAAGGCAUUGGACUUCCCAGACUGUCCUCCAGGUGUUGGUGCAACAAAUCUUUCUUGGUUGCUAUGACAAACAAAUAUUAACUCCAUCGAGUAUUGGAAAUGUAUUGGACUUUUUCCUUUUCCCCUCCUUAGGAGGCUCAAUUUAAAUGGCUUAAUCCUGCGGUUUAGAUGUAAAGGGGACAUUACAGACAACAUUGCAUCUAUUAAGCAUCACUCUUUGGACUGCUCAGUUGACACUAGGUCAGAACAAAUACUUCCAAGAAUGAAAUUGUAAUUCCAUUCCUUAUUUAAAUUAUUAAUGUUACCCAAGCCACUGUUUAUUUCUUUUGUUUCAUUUUAUUCUCCUAAAUUAUAUUUAUUGGUUUUAUAUUAUACAUGUGAAAACUGUAACAAAAAUUCAAAAGAAAAAAGAUGAGGAUGCCUGAGAUGGUGUCAUUAAUUGUGUGGUAUUUAAUAUCUUUAAAUGUUUAGUGGGAAUAUAGGCUUAGUCUUGGAUUAUUAUGAUAGGUGCCCAUCUUAAAAGUGCAAAAUAUUUAAUAAUUUAGUUAUGCCCACUGGCACAAAAGCCAACACCACUUGCUUUAAACAAAAUACAUUUUGCAGCUCCCAUAGACAACACUAAAUUCACCAGUGCAUAACCAGAUAUUAUGGGGCACAAUGCAUUGCAAACAUGAAAUCUAAUGCGCACCUUUAUUGGCAAAAUAAAGUCUUUGCAAAGUCUGCGCAUUAGAUUUGAGUACGAUUUUCAGUACUAACAAAAAGGAAAGGAUGGUGUAAUAAAAACUAACCGUGCAUGCGUACUACUCUUUCUUGCUUACCUAUUUACUCCUCACUUUACAACCUACUCAGAAAAUGACUGCUUGGAGAUACAACGGUCAUAUGACGCCAAUUCGCCGGGACAAAUUCAUUUAGCUGAAAUUUGCAUUCGCCUUGCUGCGACAGGGAUGCGACACUUGGCUUCUGUUUACAUUAAAGCUGUACCUUGUACUUCAAAGCAAUAGUAUCUUCUUGUACAAAUGUGCAUUACAUUCGCCAGCGAAAACAUUUUUCAGCUUCCAUAUUUAAAAAUCUGAAUGCGCAUUAGAUUGUAUGGUGCAUUAGAUCCAAAUAAAUAUGAUAAUACUGUAAAUCAGUCAAUAGAAGUCACUGAUUGGAGGUGAAAAUCAAUGACAUAUGGAAUCACUGGCAUGGGGUGGGUCAGUGAUGCAUUUCCACGAUGAAGCCUGCCUGGAAAAGGGAUGGAUCCAUAUUAAAAGGGUGUGUAGGGGGCGGAGUCUGGUAGGCACGCUGAGAGGUCGCACAUCACAAGAGCUCCGUGAUAAUCUGCCCUUAUCCAACUGAAAUUGCAGUAAAUAGCCCCAAACACUGCCUGAUCACGAACCCCAGAGACCGAUGGCUACCACUGGGGCAACAAGCACCAAAAACAUCGACCAAAAUCGACGACGGGGAUAGACUUGAGGCUUACAAGAGGCCUACUCAGUCGGCACAAGGGAGGCAGCCGAUCCUUUGGCUAACUGCAGCCUAACCAUCUGGGCCAUAGCAUUAAUUGGUGGCUUAUUUGGACUGCCUCCCAUCCAAUUUACUGUAGUUCUUACUUUCUCACUUUACAUUUAAGAAAAUAAAAUGCUAAGACAUACAAAUAGCUCGUUUUUUUUACUGGUCUUUGAGUGGAGGUGAGUUAAUUUUUUUUGCUGCUGCUGAUUUUCUGAAAAAAUAAAAUAAAAAUCAACCUUACAUAAUCCGUGGUUUUAUUCUUUUUAAGAUCGACAUAGUUAUCAAAUAUUUGGGAAUAUGCUUCACUGCAAUGGUGUCAUCUCUAUCUCUCCAAUUGAAUGAUACAUGUGAAUUUGCAGUUCUAAUGCAGUCUAAAUCCACAUACACAAAAUUGCUUUUAACAGCUUAUUUUUAACAGCUUGUCAUGUUUGUAAACAGUAAUCAGUGUUAAACCCUUAAGGCCUGAGGUAAUUGUCCAACUUCUGAGCCAACAUGUAACCUGGAAUUCGUGUUAUGUGUUUGUUCCAAUGUAAUUUAAGGCUUUCUCUUUAAGAGCACCUAUACACAUUACACAUUCUGUGCACUCUGGUGGAUGUGCGGGGACAGCUCAACCUUCUGCUCUGUUCCAGAUGGUUUUUCAGGAGGUUCAAAAGACUAAUCAAAAGUACUUUGAGAAAGAAAAUAAACCAGAUACCGUGCUGACAUGGAAAUUGCGUCAACAAACCAGAGAAUACAUGGUUCAAUUACUACAGGCAUGAGGGGGAGAGGCAAUCCACAAUCCUAGGGAAAUCUCCUCCAUCUUUAUUGGCCUGUAAUAGCUUCCUGCAAGGACACAAGCGACCUUCUCAGGCAAUGCUAGAGACACACAAAGUAGUUCUCCCAAAGGGGGUGAGACCAUACACCUGUUCACUUAUAAAUAUUGAUGCAAAAGUUUUGCAAGUAUUUUAAUCAUGUGAUUGAACCUCAUCCUGUCCAACUUAGUACAUCCAGACCACGUGCUAUGUAUCCCAGGGAGGGAAUCUCUAGGCUUUAUUGUUGUCUUCAGAUGUGGAUAAGGCCUUCUACCAGGUGUACUGGAGCUACUUAUAUACAACGCUAGAUGGCUUUGGCUUUAGUGGGGACUUCUUUAAGGGAGUCAGGGCUCUUGUGCUCCUGCCCAGAAACCAAGGUGGGCAGAGGGGGCUGCUCUCCAUAUCAUUCACCAUUCGUAAUGGGACUAGGGAAUGGUGCCUCUUGUCCCCCCUUUUUGUUUGCACUAGCCAUCAAGCACCUGGAUAUCACUUCCACUUGAAGUCUGUUUUAUUUAUCUACUAACAGUGAUAUAGAAAGCUUACUGGAUACAUGGAACAACCUUCAACUGGAAACAAUAAAGGCUAAUGGGGAUAUAUUAUGCAGCAAGGGAUUCAUCAGACCAGACAACCUUCUUCCAUUUCUCCAUGGUCCAGUUCCUACAUUGACGUGCCACUGAAGGCGCUUUUGGCGGUAAACAGUGGUCAUCAUGGGCACUCUGACUGGUCUGCAGCUACGCAACAAACUGUGAUGCACUUUGUGUUCUGACACCUUUCUAUCAACAUUACGUUAUUCAGCAAUUUGAGCUACAGUAGCCAUUCUGUGUGAUCAGACCAGAUGGGGCGAGCCCGUGCUCCCUACGUGCACUCAGUGAGCCUUGGGCAUACAUGACCCUGAUAUCGGUUCACUGGUUGUCCUUCCUUGCACCACUUUUGAUAUGUAUGUACCAACCACUGCAUACUGGGAACACCCCACAAGACUUGCUGUUUUGGAGAUGCUCUGACCCAAUCAUCUUGCCAUCCCUAUUUGGCCCUUGUCAAGGUCAGUCAGAUUUUUUUGCUUGCCAAUUUUUCCUGCUUCCAAUAUCUGAUAUUCAAGAACUGACUGUUCUUGCUAUUAUCAGAUAUGAAGUCCCUAAUGUGGUACCCUUAAUUAUGGCAAUCUCACUAAGGAUGCCAAAUUAGGGAGCAAUCUGCUAAACAGCUGAAAGGUGAAAAUUAGGACAAAGAGCACUUUUCUUAAUUUUACUACUUCAGUUGCUUAGCAUAUAAGCCUCUAAUUUGGUGGCCUCAUUUAUGGAAAUACCACAUAAUAAAAACAAAUUAGGACGAUAUCAAUUAAACAGUGGGAGGAGCAAAAAUAAAAUAUGGGGGGAAAAAGCAAUUUUCUUAAUUUUGCUCUUUCAAUUGUUUAGUAGUUAAGUCCCAGAUUUGUUUUCCUCAUGAAAACAAAUUUUGUAUAUAGCUCUUUUGAAUUUUUUAAUUUUCAGUUUGUUUCGGAACAAAACACUUUCAAGUUGUUUAACGCUAAAUAAGGGUCCCUGGCUACCCAGAGCCCAUCCCCUACUGGAGGUAUGGCUAAGGCAGAGAUUACACACUUCCUUCUAGCCAUACAAAUUCAUACCAGCAAUGGGUGCUGUGACAGGCUGGAAGCUGUCACCUGACUCUCUCAGCCAAUCAAUGCCACCCACUGCUACUCAAGCUAAUGCUUCCUCAUUAGAGGGGAUGGGCUGCUUUUUUAGCACUAAAACAUUAAAAACUAUUUAACGCUGAAAGGUAGGAUAGCACCAGGGAACUUCAGACACUAUAACCACUUCAGUUACAUGAAGCUGUUACAGUGCCUACAAUGUUCCUUAAUUGUUGUAAACCUAUUGAACCAUGCAAAAUUAAUUGUUAAUAUCCUCUUAUUUUCUGAUUUUACAGGAACCUGUUGAUUGGCUUGGAGAUUAUAAUGAACCCUUAUCAGGCUUCUCGUGGAGAGGUGGCUCAGAAAGAGAAACCACAGGAAUUCAGAUCUGGAGUGAAAUCUUUUUGGUGGAGAAACCCGAUGGGGGUCAGGUACUGUCCAUUCCUCUAUUUCUUUAAGGAUACCGUAUUAUGAUAUUGAAUACAUAAUAUAAACGUGGAUAAUGUAGAAAAUAUCUAAGAGAUGAUCCUGUAAUCCUUUUAAUUCAGUUCAAGUGCAGUAUUAGCUCUUCUCAAUAUAAUUUCUGGCAAGUCUUAUGUAAACACAUAUGUAGUGCUAAAAUAAUUACACUAUUCAUACCCUAAUAAUAAAGCCAUGUAAAACUUAUUAUUGCACUCAAUCCACAUAAAUCACUUAAACUAUUCGUUACUGAAUGAUAAGUCACAGCACAAUGAACUCACAGAAUUUUUAUGUCCAUUAAUAUCCUAUGUGGUGAAGCAACUCUGGGAUUUAAAUUUCUGUAGUAAAAUAAAACCACUCUGUAUAGUAUUAAACUCAUAAUGAAAUCGAGGGUUGAGCGUUCCUGUCUGGUAUGUCAGAUCCUAAAAAAACAAACACACACUAAUGCUGGGACCGGGAUCAGUUACCCAGAACCUGUACACCAGUCAGGCUUCCCCAAACGCCGGCCCUCCAGAUGUUGCUGAACUACAACUCCCAUGAUUCUCAGCCUAUCUAUUUCAUUCACAGAAUCAUGGGAGUUGUAGUUCAGCAACAUCUGGAGGGCCGUAGUUUGGGGAAGCCUGAUUACACACUCCAGGGGUGUCUCAGGGCCUCAAGUUAAUUAUAAAUUUAAAAAAAGGCACUUUUCCUUGUCAGGAGAAUAGGUGCAACCUGGAAUUAUUGAAAGUAUCCUAUGUUGUGUGGAACGGAGUAAAGAUUCAUAUAAAAAUCAGACUGGAGAGGAUCUCCAUCAGAAUAAAUCAAAUUCCAAAUAAUAUUACUUACUGUGAGACCUGCCUUAUAAGGCUAACCACCAACCUAACCACCAAUUUAACCAUUCAAUGCUGUUGAUAUACUCCAAAAUAUAUUGCUUACAAAGUCUAGUAUUCACUCACCAUUGAGAAGGCUAAACAAAUCUCUAUAAAUUAAGUGUUACAAUGUUCCUAUCCUUAUUCCUGUUUGACAUUAAAAGUAUCAAUUUGCCCUUGUGAAAGGAUUAUGCAAUCACAUACAAAGGUUAUGCAGGCAGUUCCGUCAUACCUAAUAUGUUCCAAAAUUCAUUAUAAAGUGAUAGGAGGUUUAGGAUAGGCAUAUGAAGAAGAAGCCUCUCUCCAUGUUAAUCUAGCUAAAUAGGUUAAGGAGGUAUACUUCCUAAAUGGAUAAAUUGAUGGUUAGGUUGGUGGUUAGCCUUGUAAGGCUAGUCUCACAGUAAGUAAUAUUAAUAUGAAUUUGAUUUAUUCUGAUGGAGAUUCUCUCCAGUCUGAUUUAUGUAUGAAUCUUUGCUACGUUUCACACAGCAUAGGAUACUUUUGAUAAUUCCAGGUUGCACCUAUACUUGUGACAUCUUUCUGAUGUCAGAUCCUAGUUGCGGUACAGUAAAAUGAAAGUUCGUACACCGACAAAUAACCAGUAAGUCUUUCACUAUUAACGGUAUUCCCAGUCCAAAAUAGGGGUAUAUGGCACUUUAAGAGGCUUCUUGUCACUUCUCUUCACUUCUUAGGGCAGUGAUGACUACCUAAGGCACUGAUUUACAAGCAAUCACAUACCUUCAUGAGAAACGUAAUCAAAAUGCAGUCCAUACGUCCAUUGCUUGGUGAUGUGUAUGGUUCUCAUAUCAGACGGUUUUCAGUUUUUGAAAAGGAACAGAGUUGAAAAAUACAUAGUAGAGGUGGCUUCUUUAACUAAAAUAAAACUUUGAUAUAUAUAUUGUGUAUAUUUACAGGAGACCAAUUUUCAUUCUACUGUGUUUUUUGUCCCCCCAUAAACUGGCAAUUGUGGAGAGUUUUUGGGUAAACUAACCAAGUUGAAAAAAUUGUUGAAGAAUUAUAUUUUAAAAUUUGCAGUUCCUUCCUUGUCAGACCUCUACAAUUUCUAGUUUAUAGAAGAGACCUCACUAAGUGUAAAAGCAGCACUAUUCACUACCUGGAGACUUUGCAGAAUUUACAAAGACCCCCGACGGUGACAUCGCACUGGAGGUCCGGUGACCAAGGGGGCAGGCAAAGGUAAGUUCUACUUACCUGAAUCUGUGCCUUGCGGGCUCUGCCAUCUCCUUCUGGUAGGUCCUCUUCAAUGCCAGGAGCUGACGUCAGUGCUCGCACACAUUGCUGUACUCUCGCGCAAGUACAGCAUUGAGGUCAGUGGAGGAUCCUGCGAGUCACUGGUGGUGGCUGGGGGUAUUGAAGCUUCUAAAUGGCUGUAGCUCUGCCCAGUGUCUAGAAGUAUCAAGCGUAGGAAAUAUACAGAGACAAAGUAGUCCCUACUUUGUAUUAGUAUAUCUCUUGACUGGGUUAAAAUUCCAGCACAGUCAAUAUAAGUAUUUCAUAAAGACUCUGUCUUUAUGAAAUACUCAUUUUAAAGGGGGUGACAGAACUGCUUUAAAUAUUUGAUACAAUUUUAAAUGCCUCCGUCAAUUGCAACAUUUUUCAUGUAACGAAAUUCUAUGCAUUUUUCUAUCUGACCUGCAGGUGGCAGUCUUACUAAUGGACACCCAGGGGACAUUUGAUAGUCAAUCAACUCUAAGAGACUCGGCUACAGUUUUUGCACUCAGUACUAUGAUCAGUUCCAUACAGGUAGGAGCUCUAUACAAAAAGACAUCUGUCAUUCACUUCCUCACUGAUUGCUUGGCUCCAUGUAGUUCACAUAAAAAGCAAACUGGACAGCAGUUGUGUAUCCAAUGUCUAGCAUAUCACCUGCUAUGAUUCAAGGUUUUACUGGCAAUGGUUUUUCAUGGUCAUUUGUUUUUCUGUCUAUUCUAUAAUAAAGGUAUACAAUCUGUCCCAGAAUGUCCAGGAAGAUGACCUGCAGCACUUACAGGUAAUUCAUGACUUCUUAUGAAGAAAAGGAUAUUUUUUUAGAGAUGUAGUAAUGCCCAGUGCAGGGUGUGAAUGAGGAAUACACAAAAAAAAAAAAAGGACUACACACAAAAAACAAUAAAAUAAAAAAUAGAGCUUUAACGGCAGAAUAGAGGAGACAACGCUUACUAGAAUAUACUGCAGGUCAGACAGACCUGACCCUGGCACUGCAGAUUUUUAAGGACUGCUUUUUAAAAUAUGCCUAGGUAGUCUGAACUCUAACAGAACAUCAUGGAAAAAAAAGUCUACAAAUAUCUACCAUAUGAAGGUUAACCAACUUUUUGUAAGAUUGCCCAUAGCCUCUCCAUGCCAGGAUUUGACAAAUAUUUAUAUUCUUUCCUAGCCAAAAGUAUAGUUAGAAAGCUAUUUGCUGUUUAUAGAACACAGGGAAAUUUUAGGUGCCAGUAUGAUUGAUUUAAUACGCCUUAACGGCUGUAUUUGUCAUGCCUGAAUCUCGGAGAGUUGGACUCAUUUCCACAUCUGUCUCCAUUAAAGGGCCUGAAGAGGGCUUUCAACUUGCAGCCUGGGGGCAAGUACAAAUGAAUGGCCUGUUUUGCAUGCAUAACUCACAGAUCCAGAUUCCAAAAAAUACCUCAGUGGGACAGUUGAGGCCUGGAGAGCUUUGAGAUCUUGGACCACAUACCCCAUACAGUGCUGAGCUAGCAACGGCCCUGUACAAUUGAUGCCUGUGGCCUCAGUCCUUCAGUAUUCUGCUGACAGACAUCCCAAAACAUUUCUAUUUGCUUCUAAUCGGAAUAUGAAUGGUUCUGUGAGGCUGCAGCCCACAGCCCAUGUAUGAUAGGAACUUCGGAAGGCAAUCUCUCCCCCUGCCAGGCCUUUCCUAUAGUUAACCCCUAUCACUGCCUGAUUGUUUAGAACUAAGUUGGCCAAAAGGUAGGUAAACUGCUGCUAUAGAAAUACAACCCUUAUUAUGCUUUGCUAGCAAAACAUCUAGCAAAGCAUUAUGGGAUGAGUAGUUCAACAGCAUCGUGUGGAUUAAUCUUUUGGCCAUCCCUGAUUUAGAAUGACCAUGAAUGCAAGGUUUGUGGGAAUUGCAGUCAAUAUGACUGUCGGGUUGCUCUACCAACGAAGUCACAUAUGCAUAUUCCCAGUGUAUUGUCUAAAACAAAUCAUUUUCUUCUUCCAUGAUAUAGCUUUUCACAGAAUACGGCAGGCUGGCAAUGGAGGAGACCUUCCUUAAACCCUUCCAGGUAAUUAUUUAAUCCUCACACUGCCACAUCAUUGUUUAAUAUUCAGCAUUGCCUUUAGCAAAUUACAACAGGAGAGCAGAAUAGGGUAAUAUUAAUGUGAUACAUUUUAGCCCAAAAAAGAUAAUUAGAUUAAAAAGAAAACGAGUGGAGAAAUAUAGUCCUUUUUUCUAUAUGUUUUGUAUGAUCUGUUUUGACCUAAAAUUAGCAAUUUCCUUGUCAUUCUAUCCACUGGAUGUUCAAGCUACCUUUCCUGAAUGUGUUCUGUAUUCAUGAUGAAUGCAGUUUAACAUAUUAGGAUCUGUACAUACCAAUGAUAACCAUUAGAUGGCAGUAUAUUCUGUAUUUUGUGCUAAUUACUAGUUAUACGACAUUGUUGGGUCACUGGAAAGAUGCUCUUGUGCAUGUGUGUAGCUGGUACAAUUACAAUUAUUUAUGUAGCACCAACAUAUUCUGCAGCGCUGUACAAUAGUUAGACAAAACAAACAAUAAAUUCUAACUAAACAUGUUUUACAUAUAGGAACAGAAGAUAAAGUGGGCUCUGCCCAAACAAGCUUACAGUCUAAGAGUACUAUUACUGUUAAUUUUUUUUUAUUUUUGCAGUGCAUAUAGAUGAUACAAGCAGGCGUGAGGUGCCCCGAAAGCAGUCUUCAUGCAAUCUCCUCGCUAAACAUGCGGGACAUGGGGAUUAAUAGGCACAUUUUAUAUUAUAGUCAGGCUUAAAUAGUCAGCUAUUUCAAGAGUAAGUGUUACCGCUAUUAAGCUUAAUCACUGCACAACUUAGUCUUUUGACGACACAAGAAAUGUAUGCAUGCAUGUAAAUAGGCUUUGCUAGUUAGGUCGGUAAUGCAUCAACAGUGAUAUGUCAGUAAGGUUGCAACGAUAGUUAUGAUGAUUACCUAAUGCAAACAAACUGGGUUGGUUCUGUCAAUUUAGCAGUUACGUUAUACAUUUCAAGCGGUUAAUAGCUUGUUCUGUCAGGCUGUCAAAGUAUCCAGUAGCUACAGCUGCAGGAAUGUGCCAUAUAAUACAUUAGUACAAUACUGUAUACUGUAUAGUCCCCUGGGGUCCCGCAGGAUGAAGUCCGUCUCUGGACAGGUCGGCAGGAUGAUGCUCGUAUUUCCGGUAUCUUGUCAUGGUGUGGUGUGCCGUGUCAGGUUUCCCGAUCAGAGUGUGAGGGGUGCGCUGAGUUUUUGUCGAGUCAUUCGAUGCCUCGUUGGAAUGGAGGGGGUUCUAGGUGUAACAGCUCUUGGUUUCGGUGGCAUUCUUUUUUUCGCCGUUCUGUGCCGGUAGGAUGUUAGUUUGGCUCUCCGCCGCCCUCCCGCCUUUCUGAGCUGCUUCAGGGCUGUUGGUCGCUGCUGUGGGUCGGGCGGCGGGCGGAGGGGUGUGCAGCUUGAGGCAGGUCUCGUUGGUGUCCUCUUCCGCAGCCUGAGCUCCACUCUGAGCCAGAAGUCCGUGAAGAUUUGUUCCAGGCUGAUCAGUGAGCCCUGCCGUGUUGCAUGGCAGCCGUCCGGCCGCGUGGUCUCCGCCAUCUUUGGCGGGUCUCUCGGCCCUCCGCUUGAUUUCCCCUUUGUUGCUGCCCUGUCUGGGAGGACUCCCAGGGGUGGACCGGGAUCUGUUGCGGGAAACCCACUUGUAGCAGUCAGUCCCUGGUUUGCCCCAGACUGGGAGCUCGGCUGCCGCUUCCGUUCAGUGCGCUCCAGGUCUCAUGCCCUCGCGGGUAUUGCCUACCGUCUGUCGUCCACCCACGGUCCGCCAGUAAGUCAUUUGGGGUCAUUUGCUGCCGCUUAUAGUAGAUUGAGGGUGCCUUUAGAUCCAUUUUUGCACAAAUCUGUAGGGAGCUUCAGUCAGGCACAUCUUCCCUCCAUGACAGUCAGGCCCCGCCCCCAUUACUAUUAAAGGGACACUAUAGUCACCUGAACAACUUUAGCUUAAUGAAGCAGUUUUGGUGUAUAGAACAUGCCCCUGCAGCCUCACUGCUCAAUCCUCUGCCAUUUAGGAGUUAAAUCCCUUUGUUUAUGAACCCUAGUCACACCUCCCUGCAUGUGACUUGCACAGCCUUCCAUAAACACUUCCUGUAAAGAGAGCCCUAUUUAGGCUUUCUUUAUUGCAAGUUCUGUUUAAUUAAGAUUUUCUUAUCCCCUGCUAUGUUAAUAGCUUGCUAGACCCUGCAAGAGCCUCCUGUAUGUGAUUAAAGUUCAAUUUAGAGAUUGAGAUACAAUUAUUUAAGGUAAAUUACAUCUGUUUGAAAGUGAAACCAGUUUUUUUUUCAUGCAGGCUCUGUCAAUCAUAGCCAGGGGAGGUGUGGCUAGGGCUGCAUAAACAGAAACAAAGUGAUUUAACUCCUAAAUGGCAGUGAAUUGAGCAGUGAAAUUGCAGGGGAAUGAUCUAUACACUAAAACGGCUUUAUUUAGUUAAAGUAAUUUAGGUGACUAUAGUGUUCCUUUAAUUUUAAUAAAAUGUGCAUUCAUUUUUUUUUCUGGUUGUACUAAUCCAUUCUCAGCAAUCAUUUUUGGAACGUGAUGGGUGGAGGAGCUGGUUCACAGUGUAUUACCAAAAAUAAGUUAAAAAGUGUCCAGGGAGCAUACAGUCACUAAAGACCCUGUGAUGCAAUUUUUCCUGGUGGUUUAGCAGGCGGAAAGGAAUAGGAGAGUAUAGUCCUGAAUAAACGUAUUGUAAUGAUAUUAAUACGGCACUAUCACACCCUCCCCCACCAACUCCCCUCGACAGUGCCACACGAAAAUUGAGUAUUUUAUAAAAAUAGAAUGUUUAUGAAAUACUAAUUUUGACUGUGUUGAAAUCUCACUGAAAUGCCAAUCCAGUCAAGAGAUAUACUGAGACAAAGUAGGGACUCUGUAUAUUUCCUCCCCUUGACUUUCUACAGUGUCAAGCCCGAUAGCUGUCACCAGUGACGGCUGCAGGGAAUCAGCUCUGUCUAUGGAGAAUCCCACAGUCUCAUGGCAUCCUCCAUAGACCUCAUUGCUGUACUCUCGUGCAUGUGUGAGAAGCGGAAGAGGACCCGUCAGAGGAAGAUGGCGGCACACGCGAGGGACAGGUUCAGGUAAGGUGAUGUCAUUGUCGCUUAUUUCCCAGUAUUCCUUAAGAAAAAAAGAAGAAAAAGGAGCAGGAUGCAUUCUCGUCUAAUUUAAGCAGGGAAUGAAUGAUAAAUCUUCUAAUCUUUAAUAAAAGCCGUGGAACAAAUUUUGUAGUGCUAACCUUCAUUCUAACUCUCUUCUGCCAUUUCUUUUCUACUCUGUGUUAUUUAUAAAGUUGAUUAGUAGUGGAAUUUUUAUAUAAGCAUAUGCAGGAAUAUUGCAGGUUCCAGAAACACAUGGGACUUAAGCCCAAAUGAAAACCUAAUAGCUGUGGGGAUGCUGUCCUUUACCUUAUCCUUCUCUCUUUUAUUCACUGGCUGUGCCGGUGGCAGUUCCUCCGCUGGCUCUACUUAUGAACAGCAUGCUACCAAUGCUCUCUGUACCUGGCUAUACCAUAAGACAGAGCUCAUGAUCUCAGCCACCCUCACGAAAGGAGCUGCCCAGUUGAGAUGCUCUCAAUAGUGUUCAUGUCCACUAUUGGUACAGUACAAUUGUUGCCGUGCCUCUUCCCCUUGAGUGUAGAAAUGGGAAUCGCUAAACACCUGUGUGUUGUUGUUCCUCCUUUACUGUGUGCCCAUUCUUGGUUACCCUAACUACAGUAUGCAGAUUACAACCAGGACAGAGCCAAUUAUGUCAUCCUUUCUCUACCAAAGCACAGCGCUCACAAUUUUAGCCGGCCCGUAUCACAUUGAGAUUUUGGAUCUGAGAAAAAAUACAUAUUUCCUUGAUUUUGUAUUGAAUCCGCUUUGUAUUGAGUGUCUCGAUUAAUAGAAAUUAGUAUUUGUAAUGAAAAUGAUGUUCCAUAUUCAGGAGCUUCAUCUUCUAUCUGCAUAACCCUACCCAGACAUAUAGAUUUAUAUUUAAUGCGCAAUCGCCUAUUGUAAAGAUUCCUGAGACAUCGAAGGGAUGUGUGGGGGAAGAGUAUGAUUUCCACAUCCGAUAAACUAUACAUAAAAAACUGAGCUGUCUUUAACACAUGCUGAGCUAACCUUUAUCGUACCUGGCUUCCUUCCCCUGCUUGGAAUGAAAGGGUUAAAGGGUUCUGUUAUAGUGUCUACGCAGUGAAGAUUGCACGCCAUUAUAGCAAACCCAUACUCUGCAUAUUUAACUUGCAGACCGGACCCAGAGAUAAACAGUUUGAAGAUUAUUUCACUGUACUGACUCAAUUCUCUCAGUAAGAAUGAUUGUGAAAUAGUUGUUCCAUAGCCAGGUUUCUGUCACAGAUAGAGGAGAGAGGAUCCAGCUGUAUUGCUCUAUCGUUUGCCAAGCACAACAACACUUUAUUAACCCCUUAAGGACCAAAAUUCUGGAAUAAAAGGGAAUCAUGACAUGUCACACAUGUCAUGUGUCCUUAAGGGCUUAAAGUGGAUCUGUUUUUUUCCUUUUUCUUCUUUCUUCCGUUUUAUUAAUAAAAUCGGUCUAUUUUUUAUUAGUAUAAGCUCAAUUUGUAUCCAGUUUCUUAGGUAUCAUUUUGUAAAUGUAAGGAGGUUUUGACCGUAUGGGCUCUACUUCCUGAUGACCAAUACAAACAGUUACAUUCAUGGGAUUAAGAAAGUACGCCCUCUUUGAAUUCUGCGGUUUUACAUAUCAGGACAUAACAAUCAUGUGCUCCUUAGCAGGUCUUAAAAUUAGGUAAAUACAACCUCACAUGAACAACAACACAUGACAUAUUACACAGUGUCAUGAUUUAUUUAACAAAAAUAAUGCCAUAAAUAAGCACAAGUUAGGAUUCAAUUGCUUGUAGAACCACCUUUAGCAGAAAUAUCGUGAAGUAAUCCUUUUCUGUAUGAUUUUAUCAAUCUCUCACAUUGUUGUGGAGGACUUUUGGCCCACUCUUCUUUACAACGUUGCUUCAGUUCAUUGAGGUUUGCUGGUAUUUUAUGGCCCACCACAGCAUGUCAAUCAGGUUGAGGUAUGUACUUUGACUGGGUCAUUGCAACACGUUGAUUCUUUUCUUUUUCAGCCUGUUAAAAAUUUGCUGGUGUGCUUGGGAUCAUUGUCCUGUUGCGUGACCCAAUUUCGGCCAAACUUUAGCUGUUGGACAGAUGGCCUCACAUUUGACUCUAGAAUACUUUGAUAUACAGAAUUCCUCUGCCGAAGGUCCAUAUAUACUGCACUGAAACGCGCGUCAGGCUCUUUCCUAUGGGUCAAUUUUAACUUGCACACACAUGGGCUAACCUAACUAUAAGAUAAGGCUAGGGACUAAUGAAAGAAUUUAGAAAAUUGGGCAGCCUAGAUGGGCCGAAUGGUUAUCUGCCGUCACAUUCUAUGUUCUAUGUUUCCAUGGGCACUUCACUGCACUGUGUGAUACACAUUUUUGUUAUGAUUUAAAUUUUUCCUUUCAAUUUUUUUCUUCUAUGCCUAUUUAGCAAGUUUAACAGGGAGAGAGGCUUUCUUUAUUUUACCUUAUCCGUCUGUCUACUUUUGAUUAUUAGGGCUGCCAAUCUUUUAGACAGUGACCUUUUUCCCUUUGGCACUUUUUCUGGUGCUUAGCUACUAAGGGGAGAUUUACUAACACCCUACGCAUUAAAGGGCCAGGACUAAUAAAGCCUAUAUGUAUAUUGCAGAAUUAGGUGUUUAGUAACUUUAUCUCCUCACUUAUUUAGGCAUGGGAGUAGCCUUAUAAGGCCAGUUCGGUAUUUAAUAUUAUUUUGAUUCAGUUUAUUUUUGUGUUGAUACUUUUUGUUACUUCAGAUAUUUAGUGGUCUCCCUCUGGUUACAUUGUCCCAUACCACUGGAUGCUUUGGUGCCUACGUCUGUAUCUCCAGUCAGCAUUAUAUUCAAUUUGUGAAUUUUUGCUUAUUUCUUUCUGUUGCUAGUAUCUAGGGUUAAGCCCUUGGGCAUUGCUGAAGUGCCCUCCUGGUGCAUGGGAUCAUUGUGGAGGUGGUGUUUAUUCCCUUUUACACUCAUUUUCACACUGAUCCCAUUUCUUUCUAUUUUUUUCUGUCUGUUUUUUAUUAGUAUAAGCUCAAUUUGUAUCCAGUUUCUUAGGUAUCAUUUUGUAAAUGUAAGGAGGUUUUAACCGUAUGGGCUUUACUCCCUGAUGACCAAUACAAACAGUUACAUUCAUGGGAUUAAGAAAGUACGCCCUCUUUGAAUUCUGUGGUUUUACAUAUCAGGACAUAACAAUCAUGUGCUCCUUAGCAGGUCUUAAAAUUAGGUAAAUACAACCUCACAUGAACAAUAACACAUGACAUAUUACACAGUGUCAUGAUUUAUUUAACAAAAAUAAUGCCAUAAAUAAGCACACGUUAUGAUUCAAUUGCUUGUAGAACCACCUUUAGCAGAAAUAUCGUGAAGUAAUCCUUUUCUGUAUGAUUUUAUCAAUCUCUCACAUUGUUACGGAGGACUUUUGGCCCACUCUGCUUUACAACGUUGCUUCAGUUCAUUGAGGUUUGCUGGUAUUUUAUGGUCCCACCACAGCAUUUCAAUCAGGUUGAGGUAUGUACUUUGACUGGGUCAUUGCAACACGUUGAUUCUUUUCUUUUUCAUCCUGUUCAAAAUUUGCUGGUGUGCUUGGGAUCAUUGUCCUGUUGCGUGACCCAAUUUCGGCCAAACUUUAGCUGUUGGACAGAUGGCCUCACAUUUGACUCUAGAAUACUUUGAUAUACAGAAUUCCUCUGCCGAAGGUCCAUAUAUACUGCACUGAAACGCGCGUCAGGCUCUUUCCUAUGGGUCAAUUUUAACUUGCACACACUUCACUGCACUGUGUGAUACACGUUUUUGUUAUGAUUUCAAUUUUUCCUUUCAAUUUUUUUCUUCUAUGCCUAUUUAGCAAGUUUAACAGGGAGAGAGGCUUUCUUUAUUUUACCUUAUCCGUCUGUCUUCUUUUGAUUAUCAGGACUGCCAAUCUUUUAGACAGUGACCUUUUUCCCUUUGGCACUUUUUCUGGUGAUUAGGUACUAAGGGGAGAUUUACUAACACCCUGUGCAUUAAAGGGCCAGGACUCAUAAAGCCUAUAUGUAUAUUUCAGAAUUAGGUGUUUAGUAACUUUAUCUCCUCACUUACUGAGGCAUGGGAGUAGCCUUAUAAGGCUAGUUCGGUAUUUAUUAUUAUUUUGAUUCAGUUUAUUUUUGUGUUGAUACUUUCUGUUACUUCAGAUCUUUAGUGGUCUCCCUCUGGUUACAUUGUCCCAUACCACUGGAUGCUUUGGCGCCUACGUCUGUAUCUCCAGCCAGCAUUAUAUUCAGUAUCUAGGGUUAAGCCCUUGGGCAUUGCUGGAGUGCCCUCCUAGUGCAUGGGAUCAUGGCCAAACACCUCCACCUUAAAGGAUCACUCUAGGCACCCAGACCACUUCAGCUUAAUGAAGCUUAAUGAAGUGGUCUGGGUGCCUGGUCCUUCUAGGGUUAACCCAUUUUUUAAUAAACAUAGUAGUUUCAGAGAAACUGCUAUGUUUAUGAAUGGGUUAAGCCUUCCCCUGAUUUUCACAGUGAGAGCAUGUCAGCGUCCAUAGGAAAGCAUUAUGAAUGCUUUCCUAUGUGACAGGCUGAAUGCGCGCGCAGCUCUUGCCGCGCUUGUGCAUUCAGCCGACGGGGCGGAACGGAGGAGGAGAGAAGGAGGAGAGCUCUCUGCCCAGCGCUGGAAAAAGGUAAGUUUAACCCCCUUUCCCCUUUCCAGAGCCGGGCACGUAGGGGGACCCUGAGGGUGGGGGCACUAUAGUGGUCCUUUAAUGUAGUUGUUCUGGGGAGUAUAGUCAUUCCCUGCAGGCUUUUUGCUGUGAACACUGCCUUUUAAGAGAAAAGACAGUGUUUACAUGACAGCCUAGAUGGCUACUAGAGGUUCUAGAAUUUUCCCUAUAGAGAUGCACUGAUUCAAUACAUCUUAUGAGGAGAAGCCAGGGCGGAGAUUGGCUCUGCCCCCAGCCUCCUUGGCUUAGAUCAUCAAAAUUGACUAUCUCACACAAUCCAGUACUUUCCUAUGUGAAGGCAUUGUGAUUGGCUGAGAUUAUCAAAUCCAAGAGUUUUAGAACGCUCAGAAAAAUCACCAGGUUCAUUACAUUACAGCAAAUCUAUCUUCAAGCUAUUUAGAGACUAUUUUUAAUGUCUUACGAAUUUUCUUGUGGGCUGACUUUCAGACCUUGUUAUGUUGUUCUCUGGUGACAAAUCACGGUUAUCUUGCUGAGAUGUCCCAUCAGCACCCGGUAUCAUUGUGUAAACUAGAACUCUAACUCCUGCUUGUGUGUUUAAAUAUCUGUCAGCAGUUUGCCUUGUUAUCUACUCCCCUGCUAAGACCUCUUGCUUAUAUCUUAAUGUAAUGCUUUAGACUUGAGAAAGAGAGGGUCUCCCAAAAGCUUGUCAUUCCAAAAUUCUGUUAGUUCAAUAAAAAAGGUAUUCCAAGAUACUAAUUAAGUCUGUUAUUUUACAUUCUCCCACUAACAAAGAUGCAUUUUUUUCAUGCAAGAGUGAAUUGCACAGUGAGUUGAAAACUGGUUUGGAAAUAACUGCCCUGUCAAAAUUAAAUAAAUAAAUGCAAAAUUUCAGCUCAGCAAUUUACGAAUAUAUUCUGCGGAUCAGUUGGGAAUUUGUUGCAGCUCAAUAUUUUGUGAAUAAACUUAAAUGUUUCUGCAAACUCGAGCUCUGUUACUUGAAUUUUGUAGAAUGUAAAAUGUAUUUGUGCCACAUCCGGAAUUUUGGAAUCAUCUGAUUUUAGAAUGUUUGAAUCGGGGGCGUGGCCUGAGCUCUGACCGGGAUGGACGCCUGAGCUGUGAGCUCCGUACCGCCAGCAACCUAAAUAGCCUGCUAAUCAGCAAUUAUUAGCUCUUAUGGGGCGCCACCGACGCACGGAUACCCCCCAGACACCGAGGGGCUCCUAAACGGGUCAGCCCCACGGCCCGAUGGACGGAUUCCUCCAGUCCCAGACUGACGCAAGCGGGGAGGCAAGUGGAUCUAAUAUGGCGCCGACGGCCCUACCCCCCAGGGAACCGCAUGGCGCUGCGUUAGAAAGGAUAGGUGAAGAACUCCGUACUAUGGCUGCAGCCAUGGCCACAAAAACGGACCUCCUAGUCCUCACAACCACCAUACAGGAUGCACUACGUGCCGAAAUGGCGGGAAUUCGGGCGGAGGUGACGGCACAGACAGGCCGCAUCCAGGACUUGGAACGCUCGCACGAAACCCAUGCCGCGAGGCAACAAGCAACGGACACGGUCCUUACACGCCAAGGUGAGCUGAUCCUACAAAUGAGAUGGUCAGUCGAGGACCUAGAUAACAGGGGGCGCAGAUGCAAUAUCAGGGUCCGCGGGGUCCCCGAAAGUGAAGGAGAAGCAGUAGAUGCUGAGGAUACUUUACUUGGCCUAUUCCGCCUGAUACUUGGAGAGGCCGCACCCCACACUCUUAAAUUUGAACGAGCUCAUAGAGCCCUUCGCACCCGGUCCCUGGACGAUGGCCCACGAGACCUGAUAUGCUGCCUUCACUCCUUUCGGGAUAAGGAUGCCAUCAUGAGAGCAGCCCGCUCCCGCCCAACCUGGGAUUACAGAGGUGCUGCGGUAUCCCUGUAUAAUGACCUCUCCCCCAUUACACUUGAGGCCAGGAGAGCACUGAAGCCAAUCACAGCUGCCCUACAGGAAAGGAACAUACCUUAUAAAUGGGGCUUUCCCUUCGCCCUACUAGCCCGCACUCAGAAUGGCUGGACAUCGGUCCGCUGGCCCGAGGAGAUUCCAAGGUUCCUGGAGGAGCUGGACUUACCUCCAAUAACGGUUCAGGACUGGAUUUUGAGCCCACUGGGAGGGAGACCACGCCAACAACGGGCACCUCGGAGGCGUGGGGACAACCCACUAAGAGGUCCAGCACCCUGCAGACGUAACAACCCGGAGGCGCCGGAGUAACAGGUAGGCCCUCCACCCUCUACUCUCCACCCAUGACCAAUCCCCUCAGAGGAGCACUUUGCCCUGCGCGGACACUAUACUAGGAACUGCAACCCCUCAAACCCAAACCACGGAUUGGAAAGCUGCGUAGAUGACCCUCCUGCUUUGCCCCCAUUCGGGAUCCUUCCAACACCAAGAAGAUGUAAUGGAGGGGUUCUCAUUCCCCCUAUCCCCACGGAGUUUUGGGUGGGGGUGCCGGGUGAUGUUCCUUCUUUUGGCCGGGUGGGAACUGUGGAAGAGGAUUACUUGCCAUACAAGCUCAUAAGAUACAUAUCACCAUGGAUUUAUGUUGGGGAGGGGAGGUUGAUGCGGGGAACUUUUUGCAUUGCUUGGGGGGGCCCUGCUUUCGACCUUAAGCUGAGAGCCUUCCAUCUGUGGCACCGGGGAACUCACCUGCGCAUGGUGGAGCACAGGCCGGCGAGACAUUGAUGCUGCAAACCCGCACCAACUCUCUUGGAGACCUGUGCACUGGACUCACGGUAUUGUGCAGUACCCACAGUAUACAUUGCCGAUCACAUAUCUCACUCAAUGACCUCACCUCCUCUACCACGAAUGUCUGCUACACAUAUUGUAUCAUACAUAUAACACGUAUUGCAUAUAGCUGUUAUAUAUAUAUUGGGCUGGCAACUGUAUAACACAACUGCUGGAUGUACUGACCCCCCCGGGCAUACAGACGGGCUAGUUCACGUGUCCGGAAUGUGCACACCGGGACUGGGCGGUCUGAUGGCUGGAGGGGUCGGCAUAUCGCGCAGAGGAGGGGCGGAACUCCUAACACAAUCAACAUUGAGGGGUAGACACCCGGGAGGAAGUAGGGGAAGGGGGGAGGCCCCAUCGGGGCAGAUAAUCAACAGGUCUUCCCUUACUUGUGGGAGGGCAGGGAGGGAAAUGUAAGUUUUCCACGGUUGCCGACCACUUACGGGGGACACGUCGGGGCCGGGAGGUCAGGGGUGGAGGGAGACGGGGAGAGAUUGAAUGUUGAUACCAAACGUAUAAAUCUCAAUGCUGUUUUCGCGCUUGCCUAAUUUUGCAAUGUUAAUCUAUUCAAGUUAUCCUAUACCACCUCUGUCAGGUGGCGCCCUACCUAUGGUUCAUAUGGCACUAGGCUAUGGUGCUGGUGGGUGGGACAAAUGGAUACUGUUCUGACACCACACUUAUUUUCCAUAUCCACACCGGUUCGGAGCGGAGCCAUUGACUCCCCUUAAGGGUCAUGCAUUUUCCUGGACGGCGGAGCCCCCAGAGAUCCACAUCCCGGUCUGGUUACCGGAGUGGCCUUUGGCGACCCCUGCUGUCGCACGACUUCCACCUCCUUAAACUGAGGUGACAUCGAGGUGCAUUCUCUUUGCUUUCUCCAUCCUCCACUAAGGGACACCUCUAUCUGGGGACUAUCGUACUCUCUCCAUUUUUUUACUUUAUUCUUUUCUAUCCACUAUACUUGACACCACUCAUACUUUCCUAGUAGUCCAUCCUUGGCUCUAACACAGACGUGCAAUAUAGCCACAACUCGAGCCCUCCUCACACCGGCACCACACUCCGCCGACUGCACAACCUCACGCACCACACGGGAAUACGGGGAAGGUAAGAGGGGUAAAAUCUACACACGACGCCCCUACUUUAGUGACUUCUCCCCUUGAUUGGGAAGGCUCCUACUGGCCCUCCGCUCCCGCAGCUACACAGACCACUAACACCUAGUGACCACACCAACGGGAGGGAGCUAGCCGGGACUAUAUAGCCACCCUGGGAGGGGGGAUCGGGCGCCGGGUUCUCCGCGUGCCUUGAGCCGGGUGCCGGGAUGUCCGCACCUUAUCACAGUGCCCCGCUGCAUGUCCUAACCCUCAACUGUAGAGGACUGAACGUUCCUGAACGCCGCACCCAUCUCCUGCGAGAACUACGGAAAUCGCAAGUAUCUGUAGCUAUGCUUCAAGAAACCCACUUCCUAGAGGGAUCCGCACCAAAACUACGGAACCGAUACUACCCCAACAAUUUCUUUAGCAACCACAACACGGCACGUAGAGCUGGUGUUGCCAUCGUCCUGUCCGCUAACCUGGACUUCAGGGAACUGGACAGGAUGAUUGACACACAGGGGAGGUUUAUCUUCCUAAAAGGCACCAUUGCUGACAAACUCUACACAUUGGUGUCGAUCUAUCUGCCCAACACAAACCAGGCAAGAUUCCUUAGGGGAACAUUGAAUAAGCUACGAGGAUUCUCGGAAGGGGCGCUUAUUAUAGGAGGCGACUUUAACACCCCACUAGACCCCCAGAAGGAUACGUCGACAGGCAGUAGCUGUCUACCACAUUCUAGUAUUCACUCGAUCCGCAAAUCAAUGAGCGAGAUGGGUCUAGUGGACUGCUGGAGAGCGCUCAACCCGGAUUCCAAGAAUUACACCCACUAUUCGGCACUCCAUCAACGCUACUCGCGGAUUGACUACAUACUGCUCCCACAGGAGGGCCUGUCGUGACUUAGGGCAGCUACUAUAGGCCCCGCCACCUGGUCAGACCACGGCCCGAUGAUGGUUGAACUGGAAUCACCGCUAUUCAAACCAGCCCGCUGGACCUGGCGACUGAAUGAGUCCCUACUCCAAGACCCAGAGGUUCUAGGGGAAGUAAUGCAAGCUCUGGAACUAUAUUUCAGAGAAAAUGAUGUGGAAGGAACGUCGCCUAUAUCAAUCUGGGAAGCACACAAAAGUGUAAUCCGUGGAAAUCUCAUUAGGAUAGCUUCCCGCAAGAGGAAGGCGGCGAUGCGGGAAAUGGCAGAAGUUUAUGAGACCAUCGCAAAGCUGGAACUCCAACACAAACGGACUCAACACGCUGACACACAAACAGAACUAUUGAAUGCCCGACGACGACUCCGAGACCUCAUCACGCGAAGGUACUACCGCUCCUUACAAUAUUCGAAGAAUUUCUUCUAUAUACACGCGAACAAAGGCGGCAAAUUCCUGGCACGCCUUCUGAAAGGCGACACACCGCGAACAAGGGUACACAAAAUCCGCCUCCCCUCUGGGACCUCAACCUCCUUCCCAGACGAUAUCGCGAACGAAUUUCGCCGAUACUACCAUGCUUUAUACAACCUCCCUGCCCUAGAUGGGACAACACCGGGACCUGUUGCCCUCACGCCCAUCCAGACCUUCCUACGGGAUAAUGUUUGCAAACGAGUGAACCCAGACGCGACAACCAUGCUAGACGAACUGAUCAGCACCGAGGAACUAACCGCAGCCCUGAAGGCAACGAAGGUGGGUAAAGCACCGGGCCCGGACGGAUUCCCCACAGGGUACUACAAACAUUUCUCCGCACUACUUCUGCCCUGGUUGACGAAGGCAUUCAACGCCAUCACGGAAGGAGGACGAUUUGGCAUGGAAUCACUAGCAGCUUCAAUCGUGGUUUUGCUUAAACCUGGGAAGGAACCCGAGCAUGGCGGCAACUACCCACCGAUUUCCUUACUGAAUGUGGACACGAAACUCCUUACGAAAGUGCUGGCGACCAGGCUACAAUGCGCGUUAACGAGUAUAAUUCACGCAGACCAGACGGGAUUUAUCCCAGGUCGAGAAGCUCGGGACAGUACACUACGACUUUUCUCCAUACAACACCGAGCACGAAUUUCACGGGAACCCCUCUUACUGCUCUCUACAGACGCCGAAAAGGCCUUUGAUCGGGUCAACUGGUCGUACAUGAUGCACACGCUAAGGGCCAUGGGAUUGGGAUGUAAGAUGAUGUCGUGGAUAUCCGCCUUAUACGAUAAACCCCACGCGGCGGUCAGGGUGAAUGGAGCACUGACCACCAACUUUGAAAUUAACAACGGGACCAGACAGGGAUGCCCCCUAUCCCCUCUUUUGUUUGCCAUGACCCUGGAACUGCUCCUACAGGCUAUAAGACAGAAUCCGGACAUUCACGGUUUUAUUUGGAAGGGGUCAGAACACAAGGUGGCUGCCUACGCGGACGACCUUCUCUUUUUCAUUUCUAACCCACGAAUCACAAUGCCCUGUCUACUCCUAGAAUUUGAACGCUUUGGAAGGAUCUCGGGAUUCAAGCUUAACCUCACGAAAUGUGAGGUUCUUAAUGUCACCCUCCCACAGAAUGAAUAUGCUACACUGAGCUCUGCUUUUCCAUUCCGCUGGUGCGAGGGGAAAAUGAAAUACCUAGGCAUUUGGAUCACCACCGAUCCGCGAGACGUUUAUCGACACAAUUUUACCACCAUGUUACAACAAAUAACAUCAGACCUUGAUCGCUGGGCAUAUCCACACAUCACCUGGCACGGACGGAUCUCGGUCCUCAAGAUGAACGUACUACCACGGAUCCUGUAUCUAUUUCAAACCAUCCCAAUAUCGCUACCGGCAACCUUCUUCUCGACUCUGAAAACGGUGGUCAUCCGAUAUGUCUGGAGAGGGGAGAGAUCACGACUACGAUAUGAAACGCUUUGGAAGGAUCUCGGGAUUCAAGCUUAACCUCACGAAAUGUGAGGUUCUUAAUGUCACCCUCCCACAGAAUGAAUAUGCUACACUGAGCUCUGCUUUUCCAUUCCGCUGGUGCGAGGGGAAAAUGAAAUACCUAGGCAUUUGGAUCACCACCGAUCCGCGAGACGUUUAUCGACACAAUUUUACCACCAUGUUACAACAAAUAACAUCAGACCUUGAUCGCUGGGCAUAUCCACACAUCACCUGGCACGGACGGAUCUCGGUCCUCAAGAUGAACGUACUACCACGGAUCCUGUAUCUAUUUCAAACCAUCCCAAUAUCGCUACCGGCAACCUUCUUCUCGACUCUGAAAACGGUGGUCAUCCGAUAUGUCUGGAGAGGGGAGAGAUCACGACUACGAUAUGAAACGCUGUGCUUACCCAGAUACAGGGGUGGCCUGUCACUCACGGAUUUUAAAAAGUACCACCAAGCUACCACAAUGCAACGUAUCCUGGAGUGGCACGCAGCCGAAAACCCGAAACAAUGGGUAACCCUGGACAGAGGUGACUCGGGGACCAAACUUAAGGCUGAUGUGGCGAGAGGGGACGGGUCGUUGUGGGAAAGAAGAGGACGGGAACCCGCUAGCACAGACAUUGAAAAUGUGGAAGACAACUAGAAGAAUGGCACAGGUCUCCCCAACCCCUAGCCCUAUGCUCCCAUUUACCCAUAACCCCGACAUUGGAGGAGGACUCCCAUAUGGGACCUGGGCGUUUCUGGGGGAAAGGGACUAUGUCCCGUUCUGCACAAUUCUGGAAGGGGGAACCGUACGGCCCCUGAACUCAUUGCUGGCUGACAGACCACAGACGCCCCUACUAACCCUACACUACCUCCAAUUGACACACUAUUACGACUCCUUACCUCAAAAACAGCUGCUACAUAGGGACCUUACGUGGUUCGAGGGCCUCUGCCGUCGAGGCACCAAACUUGAAAAGGCAGUAUCUCUCCUUUACCAACAUUUGUUGAUAGGAGCCUCCUCGGAUAAUAAUACCUUUCAAAGACGGUGGGAAGCACAACUAGAGAUACAAAUCACACCAACACAAUGGGGAACAGCUCUGCUAUGGCAACAUAAAAGUUUCUCAAGUUCCUACUACCAGUAGGUCAACUAUAAAUUGAUCUCCAUGUGGUAUAGGACCCCAGUCGUAUUACAGAAGAUUUUCCCGGAGACAUCCCCAACCUACUGGAGAUGUCAGGAGGCAAGGGGCACCUUGUUACACCUGUGGUGGGAAUGUCGGACUUUCUCGCACUACUGGGAUCGCAUCCACACAGAGAUAAUGGCAAUCCUGGGGGACGACACAGAAUGGUCCCGAGAACUGGCCCUAUUACAUAUCACCUCGCAAUCCAUCCCUGGAUACAAGAGAUCGAUCCUACGCCAUUUACUGAAUGCGGCCAAAUCCUUGAUCCCCGUCUAUUGGAAGAGAUCAGAAGUCCCCACUGCGGAAGAGUGGCUCCAGAGGGUUGGGGAUAUACAGGCGGCGGAGGCGCUACGGGCAUCCCUGGCGGGGCGUUCAACAAGGCACGCGGAGAUGUGGCGACCCUGGUUCUCGUAUCAAGCGGGUAGAUAGUGGGCCUCCAUCACGCACAUAAGGAGUGGAGGGCUGGUGGGUGGAUCCCAGAUCCUUCCUAUCACUGGCCAUGACCCCCCCAUGGGACACCUUGCCCCGGUGGGAGACAAAGCACAUGGAUUCACACACUCCCUUGUUAACGUAGAACUUUUACAGGACACACACGUGCUGAACGAACUUCAGCACGGCAUUACAUAGCCAUACUCAAUAACCACACGGACGGUUAACACGUACCUGGAAUCCCAACGUAAAUUACGGGACACCGCACACCGACGGGCGACCAGGGAACUGACACAACAUACUAGAUCAGACCCCUGACAUGCCUAUAACGGGAGACAGUAACCUGACAGCGGUCUAAACUAAAUUACCUUACACACUCAGCACGAUCCACCACAAAACGACUAGAUAAUUCCCGAACACCACAUACCGACUACUCACCCACUCCGAUGCGAGGAGGAAAAGUGGAACCCAAGGACAGACUCUUCUAGACCUACGAAACCUUUCUCCCCCUUUCAUUUCUACUUUCUACUACAAUUACCUUCCCCCCCAUUUAACCGAUCCAUGGCAUAGGAACACGGGAUCCACACUGGAUGACUAAAUGCGGUGUAUACAAUCACACAGGAGGUCGCGAUAAGAACAUGAAGUGUAACCAAUGGAUACAUAUAGGGUUCCACCCCGAAUCUGACCAGUGGGAAAACUCCCUCAUACCAUCUAAUUACAUACCGCAUAUACACUAGUCAUGUCUUAUGCUUAUCUUAUUACGCAUUACCUUAAAGCCGCAAAUGUUACCUAUAGCAAUAAUUUGUUGGAUAUUAUGGACUGCUGUAUAAUGCAUGAUAUGUUAUGCCACAACGUUUUACAUGGAGGCCUGCGAGCCUCAUUUUCUAUGUCUCCUUUUUUUAUUGAACUUUCCUCAAUAAAAUCAGAUUUACAAAAAAAAAAAAAAGAAUGUUUGAAUCCAUCAUGUGUCAACUGGUCACAAACUGAAAUCAGAUAUUUCAAUAAUUUAUUAUUGCAUGCAGCAGAUUUCUAGUAUUCUGUAACACGGCAUAGCAUCUAUUGGUGCCUUUACCAAGAAUUGUAUAAAGCAAUCAGAGGCUUCCACUAUGUGACAAUACCUUAUUCAAGUCUUGAGUCCCACUAUCCAUUUUAUUCCAGUGAUAUAUUGCUUCUCUGUAAUAACAAUCAAAAUUAAAUGUUACAGUUUGAUUUUCAGCUCACUACAAUUUUGUGUUUAGUGGAUACAAUCCUCAGUGCAAUAGUGCACAUUUCAGCUAAUUGAUGCCUAGGUGGAAGAUGUGUGCCACCUUAGAUCAAAUUGGUUUGUAGAUGCAUGACAGUGAAGGUCUCUAGCAAAUGCAUGCAUCCCUUAGAACUUUAAUAUUCAAAUAUGGAAUGCUCUAAAUGAGUGGUGCCCAAAAGGUAGAUCCCCAGCUGUUGUAGUACUACAACUCCCAUAUUGCUUUGCAUUCCCUUAGAAUGGCAAAGCAUCAUGGAAGCUGUAGUUUUAAAACAGCUGGGGAUCUACCGUUUAGGCAAACCUGCUCUAAAGCAUUGCUCUUGGAAAAGUUUAUAUGGGCUGCUGGGUUGAAAGAUGCUAUUAAGUAUGCGUGGGAUAGGCAUAAGGCUAUCCUAGCUAUAAGAUAAGGCCAGGGACUAAUGAAAGUAUUUAGAAAAUUGGGCAGACUAGAUGGGCCGAAUGGUUCUUAUCUGCCGUCACAUUCUAUGUUUCUAGUAGAAAUGUUAAAAUAUCAGAUCUGUAGGGUUAUUCACUAAAGUGAGAAUUCAAAGUGAAGUUCAGAUUUAAGGCCAAAGUAACUGAACUGGAAGCAGAUAAUUGUACGGUUCAGCUAUUUUGACUUUAGAAUUAAAAUUCACUUUGAAUGCUCACUUGUGAAUAACCCUGUCCGAUUCUUCCAACAGGCUAAAUUGAGCAGUAAACUCACUGGGAGAGAAUUGCUGCUGAGUUUAUCUGAAUCCUGGGAAUGUUGGUUGAGAACUGUAGAAGCUGAGCUUGCAUCUACGAGGUUACAGUUCUAAGAAAAGUAUAAAUUUAGGAUGGAGGUUGGUCCAGUAAGCCAGUCGUUCAUGAGUUUUCUGGGCCAAACCCUGGUGCAGAAACAUCUACCUUGGGAGUGCUGGAGAAUGUCCGCUGUGCGUUAUUUAUUUAAACGCUUGGCAAGUGUCCCAGUCUAAUUUCUGCAGCAGGGAAGCAGGGCCAAGAAGGAAAUAACAAUGUCACAAAUCUGUUUUAUUUAUGAAAUAGGGAUGAGGAUGUCUCAGAGAUGCUUCAUUUUAUCUCCCACAUGGAUUUCAUUAUGAGUCGAUUUGGAUUUUUCCCACAUUCCUUUCCUGCUUGUGUGAAAUCGCCAUACAAAUGAAGUAAACAGUCAGUCUGUGUGUGCAGAUCUGUGCACGUAUGUCACUGUGUGAAUCUGUGCAUGUGUGGCAGUGUGUGAACUGUGUGUGUUUAUAUCUGUGCAUGUGUGUCAAUCUGAGUGUGCACGACUGUCUAUCUUUUGGAGUGUAUCUGUGUGUAUGUGUCUGUGCAUAUCUGUGUGUUUGUGUGUUUCUGAGUGUGGCAAUCAAUGUGUGACAGAUAUUGUAUGUGAAUGUGCUGCUACACACACCAACACUACGCACAAACGCCGCCCCUACAUUUAAACGUUACAGAAAAGCACACCCUGCCUCCAGUGUCCCCUAUUCAUUGCACAUUACUUUGAAAAAGUACUUUAAAAAUUAAAUUAUAAAUCGCCAUUAAAUUUACUCAUAAUCCAAUACCAAGGCAGACUCCACACUGCAGCCUGUUUCGGCCUUGUUAAAGGCAUCAACAUUGAUGACUAUUGCUCAUAAAGAAGCAUUGUGGACAUACGGCUGAUGUGCAGCAAUCACGACGAUGCACCAAUCCAUUGUUUUCUCAUAGAGGAACAUCAACUGCAAUGCUAGUCAUAGAGAAUACCCCUUCUCUUGAUGUGACUUCCACAGCCUCAAUAAUAAAAAUGUUUUAUAUUCAAACUGAAUUUACAGUACAUUAAGUUUACUGUAGCACUUUUUAAAUCCUGCUUUGUUAAUUGAACUUUGAUCACACACAGAAGGGUGCUGUAGGCUGAAACAGGCAAUUUAUAGAGCAGGAAAUAAUAACUUCUAAAGUAAACACACUUUUACUUUAAGGUUAAUUUACUUUAAGUUGUAAGUUUAAAAAAUGUGACCUCUCUCUUAGGAAGUGUGUAGGAGGCUGUGUGAUUCACAGCCAGGGAAAGUGUGGCUAGGGCUGCAUAAACAAAGUGAUUUAACUCCUAACUGGCAGAGAAUUGAGCCGUGAGACUGCAGUGGCAUGAUCUCUACAUCAAAAUCACUUUAUUAAAGGGACAAUCUAAGCAUCAGAAUAGCUAGAACUUAGUGUAGUGGGUCCACUGCAAAAAGACUGUCUGUUUAGUCCGACACCGGUAAACGCUGCCGUUUGAAAAAAAAGAAAAAAAAAAAAGGCAUUGCUUACAUUUUUUCCUAAGGCAAACACAAGUGCAAGGGUAGGCAAACUUAAUCUACUACAUCUCCCAUAAUGCUCUUACAACCAUAAUGCUGGCAAAGAAUCAGGGGAGAUAUAGAUCACAAUACUUAGAGUGCCCAACGUUGCCUACCCCUGCUCUAGUUGCUGUCACACAGAAGGCUCUUCCUGGUGUGGUCCUGCAAUCUUGAUCUAAUAAUUCACUAUGAGGAAAUGCUGAUUGGUACAGUGAGGAAAUUGCUGAACAUGUACCCCUUUGGGGAAUCAUUAGAUUGGCUGAUCUAAUCUGUAAUGAUGGUCUCAACCAGGGAAGGAGAAGUGGCCAUGGUAAGACUGGUGCACUUAUUUUACUUGUUAAUGAGGGGAAGGGGAGCAACAGCCUGAAUAGAAAAACACUAUAGCUUGUUUGUAUUAAAGGGAUCCUAUAGUGACAGGAAAACAAACCCAUUUUCCUGGCACUAUAGGCUCUUGGAGAGCCUCCCUCCCUCGGGGCCCCCCUUCUUCAGCUCUGAAGGGGUUAAAACACCUUCAACCACUUACCUUAAUCAAGCGCCGGGCUGAUCUCUACUCCCCCGCCGACGUCCGCUCCGGAGUGGUUGUACUCUUUGUUUUUCUGGACACACUUUGCUUAAAGGACCACUAUAGGCAUCCAGACCACUUCAGCUCAAUGAAGUGGUCUGGGUGCCCGGUCCCUCUAGUUCUAACCCUGCAGCUGAAAACAUAGCAGUUUCAGAGAAACUGCUAUAUUUCACUGAGUGUUAAUCUAGCCUCUAGUGGCCUUCUCACUGACAUGGAUGUCCAUAGGAAAGCACUGAGUAAUGCUUUCCUAUGGGCGUUUUGAAUGUGCGUGUGGCUCUUGCUGCGCAUGCGCAUUCGGCGCUGAUGUCGGCAGGAGGAGGAGAGGUCACCAUCGCCGAGGAUUAAGAUAAGUGGGUGAAGGGUUUUUUACCCCUACAGCCCAGCGGGAGGGGGGCCAAGAGGGUGGGGGGUGGAACCUAACAACCCUAUAGUGACAGGAAAGCAAGUUUGUUUUCCUGGCACUAUAGUGGUCCUUUAAUAUUGAUGGUCAGUAUAUGAAAAGGGCUGCCCUGCAGUAUGUAGAAUCGAAGUGGUGAAGAAAGACAAUGUAUUUUUUAAAGAGAACAAAUCUCAAAGGAAUUGUCAUAAGAUAACUGAUUUCUGUCUAUACAUGCUUAAUUGUGGUGGUUAUAGCAACCUUAUUUGGGUCCAAAAGAUAGCUGUCUUACUGAUGCUCACAUAUGCCUCCUAAUUCCCAGCCAUCCAAAGGCAGUCCUCAUGUGAUGAGUGUGAAAUAACAAUAAAAAACCUGUUUAAAAGUGCCUUUUCUCUCCGAACUGUAUUUUUAUCCCCUAGUCGCUGAUUUUUCUUGUGCGUGAUUGGAGUUUCCCCUAUGAGUUCCCUUAUGGAUCAGAUGGUGGAUCCAAGUUCCUGGAAAAGCGUCUAAAGGUUUGUAAAUCCUAAUGUAUCACUUUGCAAAGUAUAGAAAGCAUGCACCAAUAAUACUUUCUAUAAGUAAUAGUUCGAUCUUUAAUACUGAAAAGAAUAUUCACUAAACUCCAAAUUUGUGCACGUUAAAUCCAAAAUCUAACAUUUAGGAAAAAUAGCUGGUCUGGAAAAAUUCUCCAUCUUAACUCUAGUCAUAGCUCGGAUUUAUUAUGUUAAAAUGCAAUGAUGAAUGAUCUAUUUGGUCACAUGGUCACCUUUGUGUCUGUAUGUUUAAAGAUGUUUAAAUGUGCUUUUACAAAAUGGUAACAAAAUGGUAACAUUUGCAACCUUUUCUAUUUAUAUUUGGGACUAUUAUUUCAACAUCUGCGACUUUUCUUCCAGAUUCUGAGUUGUAGUUCUAGAGUUCAAAAUAUUUCAAAACUGGCACACAUACGCACCUAUUUUUAUUUACAAAAAAAAAAAUCUAACAUUAAUUAGAUCACUUUUCUAUUUUUCAUUCAUUGAGUAAGAAAAAUAUGUAAAUCUUGGACAAAUUGAUUAGUUUGGGUAUGAAUGACAAUUAUUUUGAUUCGGACAAACCAGUACAAACAAAUUUCUUUACAAGUCAACUGUGAAGUCUGUCAAACACACUCAUUAUAUUCUGAAAUCUAAUUGAUGCCAAUAUUAUUUCAUGUGUUUGCGGCUAGGUUUAGCAGAGAGCUUUAGGUUCAUGGAGAGCUGUUGCUAUGCUACAUUUUCACACAAUGACAGAGCGAUAAAGCGAUGUAACCUUUCUAGCACACAUUAGAAGAGCUGCGUAUUAGCUGCAAUGCGGUUAUUAGCUAUGAUCCGCGAGAUUGCCAAUACACCUUUUUAUAAAAUAAUUUAGAAGCCAGGCUAUAAAAUACAAUGAAAGAUAUUCCGAUUUCUUAUAAUGGAAUCUAGCAAUGUUUUGGCCUUAGUUUGUUGUCAAUUCAAAGGCUUAGUCACUAAAUUUGUGCAGAUUUUAAGCCAAAAUAGUGAAAACUGGAAAAAUUCUGCAACUCAUCAUGUUUUGGCACACAGUUUAAAAUUCAAAGGUCAGUUUUCAAAAAAAUAAUCUUUUGCUGAUAUCCUUAAUCUUUACAGACCUCAGUGCCUCACAAUUGAAAUGAAAACCUUCAGUAUGUCUACUUUAAAGAAAUAAAAGACUUGAGACAACAAAAAUAGGUGCUAUUCUGGGGUAUUCUAAUGUUUUCCUGGGAAUUACUCCUUAUUUAGCACAUCAAUUGAGUAGCAUAUGAUGUGCCACGAUACGUAUUCCUUUAAAAGGAAACUAUAGUUCUGGGAAAACACCCAUUCAUCCCCGUGUUGCAGAAGGGGUUGAAAACCCCUUUAACACUAACCUGAUUCCAGCGCCAAAGUCCCUCUACAUCGGUUCAGGCUCCGCCUUUGCUCCUCCUCCGUUGACAUACACAUGCGAGGCAAUCGCCAAGAUCGCAUGAGGACUUCCCCCAUAUAAAAACAUUGUAUAAUGCUUUCCUGUGGGUACUUGGGUGAUGCUGGAUCUCCUCAUGCAGAACGUGAAGAAGUCCAGCGUUGUUUAGGAGACCAAAAGUGGCCUAACCACCCGAAAGUCCCUCUAGUUGCUGUCUGGUUGACAGCCAUUAGAGGUGGAGUUAACCCUGCAAGGUAAUUUUUGCAGUUAAUCAAAGACUGAAAUAAUUACAAUUGCAGGGUUAAGGGGCCUGGGAUACUGCACCCAGACCACUUAAGCUGAAGUGGUCUUGGUGCCUAUAUAAAUGGUUACUCCAUCUGUUUUAAUAAACAGAGUUCCGGGCUGCCCAAGUCACACGAGUGAGGUGUAACUAGUUCCCAUCACAAAAAGUGACGUUAUCUCUAUUAUGUGGAGCGUGUCAAGCAGAAAUGCUGCACGUACCGAUUCUUACCAACAAUAAGCAGAAGUGGUCAUGCUGGGUUGAGUUGCCCUUUAAUGGCACUUUUUGUUCUCUUGUAAUUGUUGCAGUUUUGUGUCAUUUCAGGUCUCUGAAAACCAACAUGAGGAGCUGCAGAAUGUUCGAAAGCACAUCCAUUCCUGCUUUACCAACAUCUCCUGCUUCCUUCUGCCACAUCCAGGACUUACCGUGGCCACCAACCCCAACUUCGAUGGGAAAUUGAAAGGUUUGUUAUUGUAUAAGUAAAAACUGUCACUAGCAAAAUCUUCUACACACUACCACCAUGUGGCAUCACAUUCCCAGGUUUCUAUUAAUAUCGGCCUUUUUACUUAACCAGAAACUGUGAAGAAUUGACAAAGGAAAUAAUCAUACUGAAAUAAUAACUGAGUUGGUGACGUUUUCUAAUUUUGGCCUACAAUUUGCAAUUCCCUGGUCAAUUCUAAAGAAUUCCCAAUUUAGUUAAAAAAACAAAACUGUCUAUAGAAUAUUUAUUCAAGGUCCAAUUUGUUCUUUAACUUACAAAGCAACAUCUGAAUGGCCUUGUAUACAUAAAUAAAAUGGCUAAAUAUCGACAAAGCCCCUAAUCAAGGUUUUGGCUGGUAUUCAUUAACCCUUUCAGUAAUGCAGGGAUGUCACUGUCUUGUAACACAUUGCACAUCUUUCUGAUAAAGGACUCCAUGGCUUAUUGAGGUUACACAAGUAGUAUAACAAUUAAUUAUGGGUGUAAUUUCGACAUGCAUUUAUUGUUUGUGUACAAUAUAUAUCAAACUCAAAGACACUUUAAGUAGUAUAGCUUCACAUUGGUGUCAGGUGUUGUUGGCAUAGCAAUACUCAGAGGGCACCGUUUGGGAUGAAUAUUUCACUGACCCAGAUCUUUCCUCCACCCUCAAAAUUAUUAGAUAAACAUCAAAUUUUAGAUCAGAAUUUGUAGUAACCCCUCUCUUCUGCUCUUUAGCCUAAUUCACACAAUCCCCUAAAUUCUAACCCUAAUUUUAAUCAUAAUCUACACGUUCAAACCCUUACUCCCAUAGCCACUCAUAGCCCUGGCUAUGGAGUUGAGAUGUUCUAAUUAAUAAAAAAAAAAAAAAAAAAAAAGUGGUGAUCUCCACGGCCUGGUUUUAUAUAGUUCACGAACACCUCUUACAGUCUGUGGCUGACAUAUUGCAUGACGUGUGUGUGUGUCUAAUUGUUCUCCUGCUUUAUAAUGUAGAGAUAGAUGAAGAAUUCAUAAGAAACCUCAAAGUGUUUAUUCCAUGGUUACUGAGUCCUGAGCACCUCGAUAUUAAAGAAAUCAAUGGGAACAAAAUAACCUGCCGGGGUCUUGUGGAGUAUUUUAAGGUAUUUUAGUUUUUAUGCAUUUUUAGAUCAAAUGGUAUAGCGGUUUCUACUGUUUUAACUUGAAUAGACAGCAUUUUACCUUUAUAUAUCUUCCAACAUGACUGAUCCAUAAACCAGGUUCUGUAAAUGUGUGACAGUGAAUAUGUCCAUGAAUUAAUAUAAAGAACAACCAUCUUUUUGGAGGUAACAGAACAAACUAAUACCUAAAAAUAAAAUCAAAAUAAAUAAAAUGUAUGCUUUUAUGAAAAUACUUAUUUUUCUCUGUUUAAAGGGAAGCUGUAUGCACUAUAACCAUUUCAUAUCAUUGAACUGGUUAUAGUGCCUGCAGUCCCCUGGCAGUGUCUCUUCAUUCAGUGUUAAACCAUUUUCGUGCAGUCUACACUGGAUGAGCACCCUGGCUUCUGACCCCUGUUGAAGGUAUGGCUUAGGCAGAAAUUACACACUUCCUUGUUACCAUAUUGAUUCAAACCUGCACCCACUGUAAUAGGCUGAAAGAAGUCACCUGAAACUCUGAGCCAGUGACAGCCGCCCAUUGCUGCUCAGGCUGCGCCAGGGGACUCAAAAAACUAAAACCCCUUCACUGAGAUGAAUCCUUUAUAGUGCCUGCAGUGUCCCUUUAAUUGUAAUUGGAAUAAAAUGUGAUAUUGUUAUAAUUCAGGCCUGCAUCCAAGGCAAAUGUCAAAUGACCCAUGAAUCUAUGCAUGCAGUCCAUGAACACAGCUGUACAUGCAGGAAUAAUGGGAAAAGGAUACCCAUGCGCACAAGACACCUUGGGAAGAUGAUUUCACUCCUCACCCAGAUGGUUUGUGCAAAAUUGUGCUCACUUUUUUUCCCCUUAGUGCCUCUUGCAGACUCAUGCUUAAAAAAGAGGGAUAAGCUGUCAUUGACAGAAUCCAAGCCAACAAAGAUGUGCUAAUACUUCACCAAAAGAUGACCAAGCUACAAGAACUGCAUUCCCACUACCAAACUUAGCAACAAGAGACUAGAUUCUCUGGAAAAUCAAGGUACAUGGCACAAUAUAAAGAUCUGAGGUACUUCAGAUGGUGGCUGAGGCAAUCUGCACCUUUUUAAUGAGACUGGUCACCUCAAUACUAACCACCCAAGCAAGCCAAAACGCUGACCUUUGAUGGUGCAUAUCGAAUAAAUCAAAUAUGGAGUUCAUAUCUGCCAAAAGGGAUGUUAUCGUCUGAUAUCAGUCUAUGCUAGACAAAAGUUGCCUGAUGUCUUCCCUUCAGGGAAAGACUACAUUCACCUUUCAGUCACACAACUUUUCUCUCUAUAAUGACCUCACCCGCUCCACUCUACAAUGGAGCACAUCCACAAGCCCAGCAACCCUACAAUUAUGUAACGCUUCUUUACCCUACCGUUGGUCUGCUUUGAGAGUCUAAAAGAACGGGACAGUUCACAGAUUCAAUUCCAUAGUGGAUGUUACCGCGUUCCUCACCACAGUGACCAAAGCUGAGACUCCCCUGACCUCAACUGGGCCUUCCUGCUCCUGGGAUCUCCAAAAUGGUUCCCUUUGUUCCCAGGUGUGGACAGGAUACUGGAUAAAGGCUGCAGGCCUUCUUUACAUAUAACCCUGCAUUCUACAUGUUCCUCAAAAUUGUUAUUUUUGCUCUUAUUCUUAUUUAUUUUUUAUUGUUCAUUUCAUGCAUCUUCUAGAUAAUGUCUAGUUACAUGUAGCCUAUUAAAGGCACAGAGAUAUAACAUCCAAUCACUUCUUAAUAGAAAUCACGUCUAAAUGUAAGUCUUAUGGUGCGUUAGACUUUGUGAAGGACAAAGCAGGAUGUAGUAAGAAUUGGCAGCAAUGUGGAGACUCCCUGGCUCACACUCGAGGCCAAAUAUGCUCAAUUAGAUAGAGGUUAACAGUGAUUUCCUUGUGACCAUAUGUUUAUUAUCAAGGCCUCGCAAUGCGCCGGUUGAUGUUGAUUAACUUUCCAUUGUCCGUCAUUUGUGAAGCCAAAGACAGCACUCCUUUGGAACGUAUCCCAGAAUACACCAGGGAGGCCCAUCCUAGAUUGCCUCAUCUGUAUUUUAAUUGUAACAACAUGCUCUAUUUCUUAUAGUACAUUUGCUGUGUCAGCCACACUCAAGGUGGAUUAAUUCUGCUGUAUUUACUAUGCUAAGAUAAAUACAUUUUGGAUAUCAACAGGGACCUGGACUUUAUUUACUCACCAAUGAGUGGUGGAGAAUUUGCAAAUGACAUAAUUGAAACUGAAACAAUUUUUUUCUUGUUGGUCAACUUAUCACUUGGGGAAAAAAAUGUAAAUAAAUAAUUAUAUGUAUGUUUUAUAUGUUUGCAUACCUAUAUGUUAUAUAUAAUCCUACCAAUGUUUGUCAGGACAUGCUACAGAGAGGACAGGCUGGAGGGGGUAGUGUACCCUUGUUCCAUCUGUCACCUGGAGAUUGCACAUGCUCAAGUGCUGAUCCUGUGUAUGAAGGUAACAUGAAGAUCACAGACUACUAAUAAGGGUAUAUUUUCCUUUCCCAGGCUUACAUUAAAAUAUAUCAAGGAGAAGAAUUACCGCAUCCCAAAUCCAUGUUGCAGGUAACUGCUUUUAAAUCAUUUACCUGUUUAGAUUAAAAUACCUACUUUUAUUCAACCUACUGGUUACAGAUUCUUUUUGAUAACACUUUUACCAUAACUGGUGUAGUUAAAGUAUACCUUAUAUUGGUAUACCUUAUGGAAUACUUAAGUAUUAGCAAUUACUGUAACGGAACCAGUGGAGAUUUGUGCCAAUUCAGCAUGUACAAAGGCUUGAAAUGCUUUUCUAACAAUUAACCAAUACCCAAAAUACGAUCGUGUGAUUGAGUGUGACCACAAAUAACUAAUGGUUCUUUGUUAAUGAAUGAUAUCAAUUUACCCACACCUAUAUCACAAACACGCUUUGGAAUGUGUUGGUCAUAGAGUAGAGAUAAUGUACUCAACAUAAAACAGCAGAACCAACAACAUAACAAUUACACAUGUGACUAAUACCAAACAGAUCAACCUGCAAUCAAAAAAACCUUAUAAAUAUAGAAAAUGUUAUGGAUCAGUUAGCAAUACUAGAUUAUAAUAUUCCUCUGCUCCUUAAGUCCUAGCUAUUCACCACAAUUUUUAAACACACGUUAUACUUUUUUGUAAUUAAAUAAUAGUGAAGAGGUUCAUAUUUUUCCAUAUUGACACGUGUCAGAUGAUAUUAUUAGUAAAGAAAAGAAGACUGUUCGACAUUCCAUUAUUGGAACAGUUCAUUUUCAAAUCAUAGACUCUGUUAAUUUACAAUGAAGCUCCUUGAAAAUUUUAGUUGCAUGUACCCUGUCAUACUUCAAAACUCUCUGUACUAGAACACCAUGUCUGAUCUCCUGUUUGCCAUCCUUAAAGGCCACGGCAGAAGCCAAUAACCUUGCAGCUGUUGCCACAGCAAAAGACUUGUACAAUAAGAAGAUGGAAGAGGUAACAAUACAUUUUUUUUUUUAAAAUACCGAACAGAAAACUGCUGGAUAUGUGUGUGUGUGUAUGUAUAUAUAUAUAUAUAAAAAAAAAAUAAUAGAUGGGACUAAUCAUUAGGCUGGGAAAACCUUCAGAAAAUCAGUGAGUGCUUUAAUUUUUAGCUGAACACAGCUGCGCCCAUUUCCCAAUGAGAGAAACUGAAACAUAAUUAUAUAUAGCAAUAAACACGGCAGAGUAUGUGCUGCCAAUGAGCUCUUUCUGAGUUCAGCUGACAAGUCCAGAAGGGUUUUCCAGCAGGAUGCGGUGUGGAUGCAGGACGUAGUAUGUUGGCCAUUAAUUUCCUAUUUUGCUCUGGGCAAUCUGAGGUCCCACACAUGUAUUUGCAGACAAUAAAAACAAAACUGUAAGACAGAAUUUUGUUGGCACUAUUAUUUCCCCAGAUACCUCUUGCCCAGCUUUUGAUAACUUAUGCAUGAUAGUCAACAUCAAUUGAGAAAUGACUAGUAGCAAGAAACCUGUGUACAAACACUGUUGUGAUUUCUACAAGAAUCCUCUAAAACCAGAGGGAACCUGCUAUUAAAGAGGACAAUUGAAUGAGCUGAUCCUCCUUUACAAAUUGGCUCUCAGGACCCCCUAAUAACUUGGGAAGAUCCAGUUGGGUGGCCUUACUUUGCCUGAGUCUGAGUGCCCAUUCUUCUUCCCACCAUCUGAACCAGAUGAAGGAGAACUAUAUAACAUACCAGUGGUUAAGCAGUCCUUUGGUCCACAUACUAAAUAACUAAGGGAACUACAUAACAGACCAGUGGUCAAGGAGUCCUUUCGUCCACAUACUAAAGAACUAAGGGAGGUCAUGAAUGAAAUAAACACACAAGCUAAUAGAAUCCAUGCUGCUUGUUCCAAUGUUUCACUCCAGUCUAUGCUUAGAAAAUAAAAUAAAACAUUAUUAUUUUAUAGAUCAUAUAAUCUUAUUUAAUAUAUUUUGUCGUAUCCCAAAACUCAAUGUAGGUGUGCGGUGGUGACCGUCCAUUCCUGGCCCCCACAGACCUGCAGAGUAAACACCAGGAGCUGAAAGAAAAUUCAGUGAAGCUUUUUCGGGGGGUAAAGAAAAUGGGUGGAGAGGAAUUCAGCCGCCGUUACCUGCAGCAACUGGAGAACGAGAUUGAUGACCUUUACGUCCAGUAUAUCAAGCACAAUGACAGCAAGAAUAUUUUCCACGCGGCCCGUACGCCAGCGACACUCUUUGUGGUCAUAUUCAUCACUUACAUUUUGGCUGCAGUCACCGGGUUCAUCGGCCUAGACAUUAUUGCCAGUCUGUGCAAUAUGAUAAUGGGACUGACUCUUAUCACAUUGUGUACAUGGGCUUAUAUCAGAUACUCUGGGGAAUAUCGAGAGCUGGGCGCCGUAAUAGACCAAGUGGCAGCUGCCUUAUGGGACCAAGUAAGUACAGUUUAUUAACAUGAACACAAAAUACAAGCCAGAUUAAAGAUAAGUUUGACGUACUGGAACAAGAACUGGUAAGGGCUCUGAUCAAAGAGGUUCUAGUUUGAAGGGAUUGGCGUAAAAAUACAAAUAAAUAAAAGUAUAUUCUAUUCGAUAUAAACACUGAUUACAAGUUGAAUUCACACGUGUGUAAAAGCUAUUAAAAUUUAUAACAUAUUUAUAAGAUAUAGAGCAGGUUAAUAAAAAAUGAGGAGUUUAGAUAGAAGUUAUCUGAUGUAGUUAAAUGUGAAAGUAGGCUCUCACCAUAAAAGCACCAAAAUUCUGCACAUCAUAAAAACAGUAAACUCCAUUAAUUUCACACUUUAGGGCCUUUACAACAUUAGUAAGUGGCUGCAUGUAUAUAUACACACAUAAACAUGUCCAGCAGGUACAAGCAUGUCUCGCAUCUUCACGGUCUAUGCAUUUCUUAUGAAUAAUACGUUUUCAAGAUUUAUACUGUGUCCUGCUGCGUUUAGGGUGAGAGCCUCCUAUCUUUUCAUUUAACUAUAUGGAUUCUUCUUAAAGGGAUUAACUAUUCCUGGAGGCUUUAUACGAAGUGGGAGCAUUGUGUGUUUUUCCUACACACUGCUGUUACUAUAACCACAAAAUUGAGUUCAAGUAAAUUGGUGAGCAUCCUUUUUCCCUGUCAUUUUAUAUGCUUUCUUAAGGAAGUAUGUCUUUAAGGUGACACACCAGUCCCCUAAAGCCUAGUUUCUCACCAAAAGCAGGGUGUACGUCAAGAGCUGUAUGGCUGACUGGCCUCCUUAGGGCCCCCAGGACAUGUCCAGCAGAAUAGGCACCUACUUACCCAGACAGCAAAAUUAAGUGUCUGGGGGGGAUGGAGGGGGGAGGCUGUAGCUGUGCAGCGAGGGAGCUACAAUCUCUGUGCUCUUCCAGCACUGUUCCAUUGCAAACCCUGUGGUGAUGCUGGGAGCCAGGUUAUGACAUUCUAGCCUCAGCAUCCCUCAACAGCGCGCAAAGGAGCAGAGCAAGAAGCCCAUGAAGAUGACAGCAGCCAUACUAUAGACCCUCACAAAGGAUCCCCACUGGACGGAUCCACUCCAGCACACCCAAACGUAGGAAGGCUUGGUGGACUUAAAUAAUAAUAUUUUGGGUGUGUGUGAGAGAAUGUGUAUGUGUGUGUGUGUCAGUGUCGUCUGUGUGUAACUAUUAUAGUUGUAUUAUAUUUUCAUUUUGUGACUUUUAGACUUCAGCUUAAUAUUUCAUACAAUCCUCCUUACAUACAAAAUAUUGACAUUAUGUCAUUUAUUUUAAACAUAAAUCAGGCUUGUACUCCAAUAUGGGAUUAACUUAAAGAUCAGUAUCUACACGUUUCAUUUGGAAUUUAAAUCAAUAGAAAUUACUUUCUAGAGGCAGGGAUACUUUUCCGUAUAAGGUUGAGAAACAUUGCAAUAAAGCACUUCAGCUUACUGAAGUGGUUUAGAGGUUAACAGCAUGUCAUGGCAGGCUUAGGUUUGAGAAGUAAAGAUUGCAAAAGAAAAUGCAAGUUUAUAAAUCUCCUAACUAACCCCCUUCUCUAUAAGCAUCUGACAGGCCAUACGUCAUCACUAGUGAUGACUUCAAAGGAAAAGGAGAGGAGCUGCAUUGGGGAGACUCUCCCAGCAAUUAAAUAAAGUUGUGUUCGUACUUGAUUGUUACCUUUUUUAAGGGUUGAAAUGGGGGUGGGGUAGUAAUCUAAAGAGUUUAAAGGGAUACUAUAAGUGCCAGGAAUACAAAUCUGUAUUCUUGGCACUAUAGCUCCCUUAGCCUCCCCCCUCCCUCACAUCACCCCACCGAUGUGAAUAAAGGGUAUAUUUACUUACCUGCCCCAGCGCUGACGUCCCGUGUGGAGAGCGGAAAGCACUGGAUUGGCGGAGAUCGUCAAGCGGGCAGGGCCGAACAUCCCCCUGGCAAAUAGGCAUCUCCUCAUAGAGAUGCAUUGAAUCAAUGCAUCUCUAUGAGAAAAGUUCAGAGUCUCCAUGCAGAGCGUGGAAACUCUGAAUUAGUGUGCAGCACUGCCCCAGGAAGCACCUCCAGUGGCCACUUAAGGAGUGGCCACUGGAGGUGUCCCUAGGCUUUAAUUUAAACACUGCCUUUUCUAUGAAAAGAUAGUGUUUACUGCAAAAAGCCUGCAGAGACUGACUAUAGUUACCAGUCUGUAGUUGUAAUCGAUCUGUAUUUGUUCUGGUGACUACAGUGUCCCUUUAAGCAAAGACUACGGCACUGACAGUUUUAGUGCAUAUUUAUGCCACGUUUUUCUCCUUUAUAUUGGAGCUAAAUAUGUAACCAGAUUACGUCUAAUAAGGAAUUCCCUUUGUAAAUAGAAAGGGUGUGGGUAAAAAAGCGCUGCAGACGGCUGUAAAACAUUGGUUUGCUUUUUUUUUUAGCAAAACCUAUCAAAUGCAUUUAUGUUGUGUUGCUGCCCCAAGUGUGCCAGUUGUGUCCUUUUCGUUACGGUUUGGUACCAGAAAACCUGUCACAUGACGGUUACUCCAAAACAUCAGUUUUAAGGCAUUUUUUUCCAGUCUCCCUCUGACCUUAAACAGUACUAACUGUUGUAGACAAUGUUUCCUAUGGUGGCCACUGGCCAGUUGUCCAUUUGGCCUACUGAUAAACCUAGAUAAUCUUGACUACAACAGAUGGGUAUUAGGGUUUACCAAAGGGUUAAAGCCAUUUUUUUUACUUGGAUACAUUUGCUUUGCAGAGUAAGAGAAUUACAGACUUUAAUAAAGGCUGUCACGUCCUCCAACAUCUGGUUUUAGAUUCAACUCCUUUCUUUGAAUAGGCAGUAGCCCUAGGCAUUCAGGGGUUACACCCUUUCCAGCCCUGUUUGUCAAGGAUUUUAACGCUGCCAGGCAUUUAUUAGAAUAGGUCAUAAAUAUCCUGGUUUAAGUCACAGAUCAUUUCUCCUAUGAUCAACUGGCUGGCCCUCAUAAUCUCAUAAUUUCCAUAUUUAAACUCAUGUUUAUGCUGUGAUUCAGUGCUUUAUCCUGCAUGGCUUCUGCUAAACUAUUCCAAUUGACCAACACCCUGUCUGUAAAGAAAAUAAAUUUCUAGGUUAGCCUCUGGCUUUUCGGAUUUUGUUUUCAAAUUAUUUUUAUUGAACAAUUUUCUUUUUAUGAGAAAAGGAACAACAAAUAAGAAUAAUAAAGGGAGAUUUAGGAUAUAAAGCAACCUCUUAGCAACAGAAAGUGUGGAUAAACAUAAAAAAUGCUUUAUAAAGAAAUCUCUACACCAUGUUAUAUAACAAAUCUAAUUUUUAUAACAGGGGUGACCAAAAAGUAGAUGGCCAAGAUGUUAUAAAAGUAUAGCUUCCAUGAUGUUUGUCAUUAAAGGUAUGCAAAGCAUCAGCGGGUUGUAGUUCUACAACAUCUGGGGAACUACCUUUCGGGCACCCCUGGUUUAAAGGGAACACUAUAGUAUCAGAAAUACAAGCAUGUAUUCCUGACACUAUAGUCCUAAUGUGACAUUGUAGGUGACCGGCCACACUCUUAUUGCUCUGAAAAGGUGAUUUUACUCUCCUUUUUCUCCCUUGCUGCGGCUGGCCCUGCCUCCGUGGCUGGGAUUAUCAAGGCUGAUGAUCUCAGCCAAUCCAAUGCUUUCCCAUAUUGCACAUGCGCAGCAAAACCUUUUCUAUGAAAAGGCAGUGUUUACAUUGCGAAGCCUAUCGGGACAGGUUACAGACACAAGAAUCACUACAUUAAGCUGUACCAGUUCUGGUGACUACAGUGUCACUUAAUUUUAUAUAUUGUUCAGAAGACUGAUUUGCUACAACAACUAUGUAAACAGCCAUGACACAGAUUCAAAUGACUUUUUUGAUGUUCCACUACUAUAGUUUGAAAAACUAUAAAAAGAAAGUCAGCUUGUUCCAGUUUGGCUAUUUUGGUCUAAAGGUUUAUAUUUUUGAAUGCCUGACAGUUCAUACUUGAGUGAAUGAAAGCUAAAAUUGUAAGCUUGAAUAAGGUAAUUCACGGUCAACCACAGAUUUACUCUUACACUCCCCCAAAAAUAUAACAGUAGCUGCAUGUUUAAAACCAAAAAAAUUACAAAAACAUGCAGAUAAAAUUUUUUAUAGUCUUCUAUCCUCUUAAAAGGUCCCUUAAAACUCUUCAAGCUAACCUUUGAGCUUCCUGGGUAACUGUGAUCCUCUAACCCAGUCCUCAUUUAUCCCCUAACAGUCCAGGAUUUAAGGAUUACUCAAUUGUGCCUAAGGUGUUUUGGGAAAAACAAAACAAAAAACACUUUAGACAACAGGGUAAUCCCUAAAUCCUGGACUGGGUUGGGAACUCCUGCUCUAACCAAUCUCUUACUCUCUCAACUUUAGUAGGGACACACUCCAUUUCACUCUUACCAAUUCUGCUGCUUUUCCACCCUUCUACUUGUGUUUAUAGGUGAUACUUUAAAAAUUAGAAUACCGUGCAAAAGUUAAUUUAUUUCAGUAAUGCAACGUAAAAGGGGAAAAUAAUAUAUGAGAUAGACGCAUUACAUGCAAAGCGAGAUAGUUCAAGCCGUGAUUUGUCAUAAGUGCGAUGAUUAUGGCUUACAGCUCAUGAAAACCCCAAAUCCACAAUCUCAGUAAAUUAGAAUAUUACAUGCAAUCAAUAAAACAAGGAGUGUACAUAGAACAAUAUCGGACCUCUGAAAAGUAUAAGCAAGCAUAUGGACUCAGUACUUGGUUUGGGCCCCUUUUGCAGCAAUCACUGCCUCAAUGCGACGUGGCAUGGAAGUUAUCAGCCUGUGGCACUGCUGAGGUGUUAUGGGAGACCAGGAUGCUUCAAUAGCGACAUCCACAAGAGGCACUUCCGUGAAACAGUGGAGUAAAACUCAACUAUUUCUAUCAAAUGUUCUCAUUUAGAGUGAUUGGUGCAGCAUGGCUGCGUCCUAUGGUUAAGCAUUGGAUUGGCUGAGAUCAUUGAUGUCGAUCUCAGUCAAAGUAAUGGAGCUGCACAGUGGAGACUAGCACCGCGAGGGAGAAAAGAUAAGUAAAAAAAAAAAAAAUAUAUAUAUAUAUAUAUAUACAUACAUACACACACACACACACACCCCUUCUUAAUCCUGGCAGAGGAAGCCCAGUGACCUAAACUGUGACUAGGGCACUAUAUCAUUAGGAAUACUGACUUGUAUUACUAACUCUGUAGUGUAGUGUAAUAGUCAGUCUGAUUUGCUGUUAAGCUGUAAAACAACAAGUUUAAAAGUCACAUUUAACAGGAUUUUUUUAAAAACAGGAUUUUAAGUGGUUCUGUCAGUUUUCCACCCUCAUGAGAUGUCGUUUGGAAAUGUAUUCCCUAGACGCUAGGAGAUUGGUAAUUCUCUUCAUAGUAUUACAUGAUUGGCACAUCGAUGGUUAAAGAAUGUUCUUAGUUCGGUUAAUUUAUAUAAAUCAAAUAACUUUUUUCUCUUUUUAGAAACAGUUAAAAUCUCUGUCCUCCCCCUGCCCCCUCAUCCUCCCUUUCGUUUAAAUGUGAUCAUUCCUCUUGAGGUUUCAAGCUUUUCCCGGUACUAUGGACAAUUUUUUCAUUUGGUUUUUUAACAAUGCAUUUUACAUUUACAUCUUCCAUUAUUAUUUUAUUAUAAUAUUAGCUAAAAGACUAAAACACACUCUUCUUUCUUUUAAAAUUGCUUUUGCAAAAGGGAAGCACCAAUGAGGUAAGUAAAGAAAACCUGGUAAUGCAUGCGAAUAUAGUUACAUGUGAGGAAUGGGGCUUAUGUGGUAAAUAGUAAAUAGCAGGCAUCAGAAUAACAUUAACUUAAUGAAGCAGUUUUGGUGUAUAGGUCAUGCCUCUGCAGUCUCUCCACUCAAUCAUAUGCUAUUUAGGAGUUAAACGUUGUUUCCAUUUACGCAGCCAUAGCCACACCUCCUGAUACAACCUGCAUGAAACAAAGUAUUUUGUUUUAAUCGGAUUACUUUUGUUUGUAUCUCCUGCUCUGUAAAUUUAAGUUUAAUCAUACAAAUGAGGCUCCUGUGGGGUCUAGGAGGGUGUUAGAGCAGGAUAUAAGAAAUUCUAAAUAAACCGAAUUUGCAAUAAAGGAAGGUCAAACAUUAGAUCUCUUUACAGGAAGUGUUUAGGAAAGUUGUGUAGAUAACAUGCAGGGAGGUGUGACUAGGCCUGUGUUAACAAAGGGAUUUAAUGCAUAAAUAGCAGUGAACUGGGAUUAUUUAAAAAUUGCACUACUAAAGGAAACAGAAAAUUGUAUUAGACUUAUCAGUAGGAGCAACAAAAACCAAAAAAAAAAAAAAAACAACCAGAAGUUGCUGAUAUAGUAAAAAACUAAAAAAGUUAGCAUUGAGUAAUUAUAUAUAAUAAUAAUAAUAACAACAAAAAAACAUAAUGAGAAAGAUAGACAGAUCUAUAAGAUUAGGCAGAAAGAGGCUAAGCAAGUUAUAAAAGCUUCCAAACUUCACACAGAAGAGAAAAUAGCCCAGUCAGUAAAACACUUUUUUUUUUUUUUUAUAGAUACAUAAAUGAGAACAGGAAAGUAAAACAAAGAUUAGUUAUAUUAAAACCAAAAGGAGGAAGGUAUGCCUCAAUUAAUAUUUUUGUUCAGUAUGUACAGAUAAAAAUGAUAGAAAGAAGCCUCAGUUAGGAAAAUGGACACAUAAGUAAUUUAUUACAUGUGAGUUUACAAAGGAAGAGGUUCUAUUUCAACUGGCAAAAGUAAAGACAAAUAAGUUGAUAGGGCCUGAUGGAAUACACCCAAAGUUAUUAAAAGAGCUUAGUGGUGCAAUGGCAAAACCAUUAACCGUUUUUUUUAACCAAUCAUUAAUGGUAGUAGUCCAGAAACAUUGAAAAUUAGCGAAUGUUGUGCCUAUUCACAAGAAAGGUAGUAGUGAGGAGCCAGGCAACUAUAGGCCAGUAAGCCUUACUUCAGUAGUGGGGAAAGUAAUGGAAACCAUGUUAAACGACAGGAUUGUUGAACAUCUAAAAUCACAUGGAUUUCAAGAUCAGAGACAACGUGGGUUUACUUCAGGGAGGUGAUUAUUUUUUGAUUGGGUAAUUAAAUAAUACAUCGGGGUGGUGCAAUAGACAUUGCUUACCUAGAUGUCAGUAAGGCUUUUGACACUGUUCCACAUAGAAGGCUUAUCAAUAAACUGCAAUCUUUAAGUUUGGAUUCCAAUAUUGUUGAAUGGGUAAGGCAGUGGCUGAAUGACAGGCAACAGAGGGUUGUAGUCAAUAGAGUAUAUUCAAAGCUUGGGCUUGUCACCAGUAGAUACUAAGAUUUGCAACAGGGUUGAUGUUCCUGUAGGGAUAAGCCCAAUGACAAACGAUUUAGGUAAACUAGAAAAAUGGUCAGAGCUGUGGUGGCAAUUGCCAUUUAAUGUGGAUAGGUGCAAGAAAAUGCAUCUUGGACGUAAAAACCCAAGGGCAGAGUACAGAAUAUUUGAUAGAGUCCUAAGCUCAACAUCUGAAGCAGAAAAUGCUAGCAGAAUGCUUGGUUGUAUAGGGAGAGGUAUUGACAGUAGAAAGAGGGAAGUGCUCAUGCCAUUGUACUGGUGAGACCUCACCUGGAGUAUUAUACGCAGUACUGGAGACCGUAUCUCCGGAAGGAUAUUGAUACUUUGGAGAGAGUUCAGAGAAGGGCUACUAAACUGGUUCAUGUGUUGCAGGAUAAAACUUACUAGGAAAUGUUAAAGGAACUUAACAUUUAUAACUUGGAGGAAAGACGAGACAGGGGGGAUAUGAUAGAAACAUUUAAAUACAUAAAGGGAAUCAACACAGUAAAGGAGGAGACUAUAUUUAAAAGAAGAAAAACUACUACAACAAGAGGACAUAGUAUUAAAUUAGAGGGGCAAAAGUUUAAAAAUUAAUAUCCGGAAGUAUUCCUUUACUGAGAGGGUAGUGGAUGUAUGGAAUAGCCUUCCAUCUGAAGUGGUAGAGGUUAACACAGUAAAGGAGUUUAAGCCUUGCGUGGGGUAGGCAUAAGGCUAUCCUAGCUAUAAGAUAAGGCCAGAGGCUAAUGAGAGUAUUUAGAAAAUUGGGCAGAGUAGAUGGGCCGAAUGGUUCUAAUCUUCCAUUAGAUUCUAUGUUUCUAACUGAAGAGUGAGACAGCAGGGGCAUCCCUAAACUGCUUCAUUAAACCAACAUUGCUUUGGUGCCUAUAGUGUCCUUUUAAGGCACAUUCUAGACAACAUAAUCACUACGGUUUGCUGCAGUGGUUUUGGAACCAGGAGUCUGCAGGUUCCAUCGGUGGUAAUCUACCAAACUGCUUAUGGACGUUUUGACACUUACCUUGCUGUGCCAGACACCUGUAAGUCUUCUAAUUUGAGUUGAUGUGAUAACGCAGAAUUUCUUAAUUCCACAUCAUCACACCAGGUUUGGACAGUACUAAUGAGCUGAGAGUGAUAGCCGACAACUAAGCCAAUUUAUAUAGUUUCAACUUGUUUAAACUUAAUGUGAACGUAUGAAGUUCUGCUUUAUCAGACCAAGGACUGCAGGUGGAGCACAGCAAGGUAAGUGUUCAAUCAGUUUGACAAAUAACCAGUGGAUGGUGACAAGGGACUGCUGGCACCAUAACUACUAAAGUGUGCUCUAUGAUGCCUAAGUGUCCUUUUACAACUCUGUAACAACACAAUUAAAAGGUUUCUUUCUAUAUUUAUAUAUUAAAGAUUUGUCUGUGUAAGAAAUGUAAUAUUUUUAUGUGGCAUGGCAGCACUAGGUAUAACCACGUUGACAUAGUAGUGCGUGGCGCCAACAGCAUAAAGCUAGGAAUUUUGGAAAGCGGAGUUAAUAAUUAGUGAAGAUGGUUGCUGUGCAUGCUGCAGCCAUGUCCAUUUCUAGCACUCACCCUGCAGGAGGAGAUAUGUAGUGGCAGUAUCUUUAUAUCCUGGCUAGUACUGUAGAAAUGUUAGCGUUUACAGUGCAGUUUAAACAAAACUAGGCGUUAUAGUAACUAAACGUACACUCGGAUCCCAAAAUGGGACAAAAAUGCUUUAACUCUUACAAUAUUCUUUCAAUAAUUCUCCAUACUAAAGCCAUAGUAACCUCCGCCGUAGAAUUUAGCAGAAUGUAUUUUCUCAAAAAAACAAAAACAAAAGGUGUCUGAUUCACAUUAUUGUGAAUGCUUUUAACUCUGUUUGUAUUUUCAGGCUCUUUACAAGCUAUACAGUGCUGCAGCUACACAUAGGCACUUGUAUCAUCACGCGUUCCCAGCACCACAGACAGAAGCAGACGACGAAGCAGAGAGUAAAAACAACUAGCUGUCCUCAUCUUCUCUGAUGCUGUAGGGAGGCUAAGAGAGAUUUGUCAUCGGUACAGUUUUCAGGACAUCCAGGAAAAGGAAAGAUGCAUGAGCAUUAGUAUACACCUAUUGGUAUCAACCUUUCCAUUGUAUCCAUAACCGGAGAAACAAUGAAGGUUAUCUACUGAGCUCCCAACGCGUUUCAGAAUGACAGAAUCCAGGAAUAAUAUACAAAUUCUAAGUCAGCUUGCAGUAUAGUGAUUUAAAGGUAAGUUGCAAUUGUGCUAACCGGCCCAAUAACAUAUACAAUACCAACCAAGGAAAUUACGACUAUACAGCUAAUGUUCCAUCACACCCUUCAAACAUGAGAUGUUGCCAUAGGUUGGUCCAUUUUGACAGUACCCUACAUUAACAUGGAGAUACCUGGGUAUUUUUUCCCCUUUCAUUCACCCUUUGCUACCUGCCGAUAGUGUUCUGUGACUGCCCCAUUGCCUGCUGCUUCUACUUCUGCAGAUUUAUUUUUUUUAACCCUCAAAUCACCAAAAGGUGAAAGAAGCGGCUUUCCGCUGAUUUUUCACUUAAAUCUGCUCUCACAAAAAACACAACCAGAGCUUAGUAAAUAACCACAUUUGAGAGCAGCUUUCAUUUUACUAGCAGGGGUUAAAUGCUUUACUUUCCAUGGGUUGAGCAACAACACAAUGCAAAACCCUCUGUCACCAAGUAAAUGGACAAAUGUAUCAUUUGGAAAGUCAUUGUUCAGUCACAUGCUAAGGACGACUUACUGAACUCUGCAGCUGUACAACUCUGGUGGCGGGAAACAUGAAAUGGAUAAUCAAGUUGAUAACGACGGUACGGGGCUAUACUGGCUCUCACAAACUUGCAACACUAUUUAUGCUAUGUUUCAGUCUUCACUAUUGCGUAAAAUACUCACGGACAACAUUUUAUGUUAACGUAUCACAUGUACACCCAUAUUGCGGAUAUCUUUGUUCUUCAACUAAAUAAAAUACAAAUAUUAAAAAUUGAAAUCUAAAUC